AUGCAGUGCCUACAAACUAAUGCCGGUCGCGUGCGCGGCUCGAAUCGUGCCGGCGGAGCUGGCGGCGGCCGCGAACAACACAUUUUGCCACAUUAUCUAGAUCUAGACCUGAGGGUCGAUACUGGCAGCGGCAGGCUGCCGAUAGCCGCCGUUCUCGGCGGUGUUGGCCGUUCUACUUCAUGUAUGCAGUGCCUACAAACUAAUGCCGGUCGCGUGCGCGGCUCGAAUCGUGCCGGCGGAGCUGGCGGCGGCCGCGAACAACACAUUUUGCCACAUUAUCUAGAUCUAGACCUGAGGGUCGAUACUGGCAGCGGCAGGCUGCCGAUAGCCGCCGUUCUCGGCGGUGUUGGCCGUUCUACUUCAUGUAUGCAGUGCCUACAAACUAAUGCCGGUCGCGUGCGCGGCUCGAAUCGUGCCGGCGGAGCUGGCGGCGGCCGCGAACAACACAUUUUGCCACAUUAUCUAGAUCUAGACCUGAGGGUCGAUACUGGCAGCGGCAGGCUGCCGAUAGCCGCCGUUCUCGGCGGUGUUGGCCGUUCUACUUCAUGUAUGCAGUGCCUACAAACUAAUGCCGGUCGCGUGCGCGGCUCGAAUCGUGCCGGCGGAGCUGGCGGCGGCCGCGAACAACACAUUUUGCCACAUUAUCUAGAUCUAGACCUGAGGGUCGAUACUGGCAGCGGCAGGCUGCCGAUAGCCGCCGUUCUCGGCGGUGUUGGCCGUUCUACUUUAUGUAUGCAGUGCGUACAAACUAAUGCCGGUCGCGUGCGCGGCUCGAAUCGUGCCGGCGGAGCUGGCGGCGGCCGCGAACAACACAUUUUGCCACAUUAUCUAGAUCUAGACCUGAGGGUCGAUACUGGCAGCGGCAGGCUGCCGAUAGCCGCCGUUCUCGGCGGUGUUGGCCAUUCUACUUCAUGUAUGCAGUGCCUACAAACAAUUGCCGGUCGCGUGCGCGGCUCGAAUCGUGCCGGCACAGCUGGCGGCGGCCGCGAACAACACAUUUUGCCACAUUAUCUAGAUCUAGACCUGAGGGUCGAUACUGGCAGCGGCAGGCUGCCGAUAGCCGCCGUUCUCGGCGGUGUUGGCCGUUCUACUUCAUGUAUGCAGUGCCUACAAACAAUUGCCGGUCGCGUGCGCGGCUCGAAUCGUGCCGGCAGAGCUGGCGGCGGCCGCGAACAACACAUUUUGCCACAUUAUCUAGAUCUAGACCUGAGGGUCGAUACUGGCAGCGGCAGGCUGCCGAUAGCCGCCGUUCUCGGCGGUGUUGGCCGUUCAACUUCAUGUAUGCAGUGCCUACAAACUAAUGCCGGUCGCGUGCGCGGCUCGAAUCGUGCCGGCGGAGCUGGCGGCGGCCGCGAACAACACAUUUUGCCACAUUAUCUAGAUCUAGACCUGAGGGUCGAUACUGGCAGCGGCAGGCUGCCGAUAGCCGCCGUUCUCGGCGGUGUUGGCCGUUCUACUUCAUGUAUGCAGUGCCUACAAACUAAUGCCGGUCGCGUGCGCGGCUCGAAUCGUGCCGGCGGAGCUGGCGGCGGCCGCGAACAACACAUUUUGCCACAUUAUCUAGAUCUAGACCUGAGGGUCGAUACUGGCAGCGGCAGGCUGCCGAUAGCCGCCGUUCUCGGCGGUGUUGGCCAUUCAACUUCAUGUAUGCAGUGCCUACAAACUAAUGCCGGUCGCGUGCGCGGCUCGAAUCGUGCCGGCGGAGCUGGCGGCGGCCGCGAACAACACAUUUUGCCACAUUAUCUAGAUCUAGACCUGAGGGUCGAUACUGGCAGCGGCAGGCUGCCGAUAGCCGCCGUUCUCGGCGGUGUUGGCCAUUCAACUUCAUGUAUGCAGUGCCUACAAACUAAUGCCGGUCGCGUGCGCGGCUCGAAUCGUGCCGGCGGAGCUGGCGGCGGCCGCGAACAACACAUUUUGCCACAUUAUCUAGAUCUAGACCUGAGGGUCGAUACUGGCAGCGGCAGGCUGCCGAUAGCCGCCGUUCUCGGCGGUGUUGGCCGUUCAACUUCAUGUAUGCAGUGCCUACAAACUAAUGCCGGUCGCGUGCGCGGCUCGAAUCGUGCCGGCGGAGCUGGCGGCGGCCGCGAACAACACAUUUUGCCACAUUAUCUAGAUCUAGACCUGAGGGUCGAUACUAGCAGCGGCAGGCUGCCGAUAGCCGCCGUUCUCGGCGGUGUUGGCCGUUCUACUUCAUGUAUGCAGUGCCUACAAACUAAUGCCGGUCGCGUGCGCGGCUCGAAUCGUGCCGGCGGAGCUGGCGGCGGCCGCGAACAACACAUUUUGCCACAUUAUCUAGAUCUAGACCUGAGGGUCGAUACUGGCAGCGGCAGGCUGCCGAUAGCCGCCGUUCUCGGCGGUGUUGGCCGUUCAACUUCAUGUAUGCAGUGCCUACAAACUAAUGCCGGUCGCGUGCGCGGCUCGAAUCGUGCCGGCAGAGCUGGCGGCGGCCGCGAACAACACAUUUUGCCACAUUAUCUAGAUCUAGACCUGAGGGUCGAUACUGGCAGCGGCAGGCUGCCGAUAGCCGCCGUUCUCGGCGGUGUUGGCCGUUCUACUUUACGUAUGCAGUGCCUACAAACUAAUGCCGGUCGCGUGCGCGGCUCGAAUCGUGCCGGCGGAGCUGGCGGCGGCCGCGAACAACACAUUUUGCCACAUUAUCUAGAUCUAGACCUGAGGGUCGAUACUAGCAGCGGCAGGCUGCCGAUAGCCGCCGUUCUCGGCGGUGUUGGCCGUUCUACUUCAUGUAUGCAGUGCCUACAAACUAAUGCCGGUCGCGUGCGCGGCUCGAAUCGUGCCGGCGGAGCUGGCGGCGGCCGCGAACAACACAUUUUGCCACAUUAUCUAGAUCUAGACCUGAGGGUCGAUACUGGCAGCGGCAGGCUGCCGAUAGCCGCCGUUCUCGGCGGUGUUGGCCGUUCUACUUCAUGUAUGCAGUGCCUACAAAAUAAUGCCGGUCGCGUGCGCGGCUCGAAUCGUGCCGGCGGAGCUGGCGGCGGCCGCGAACAACACAUUUUGCCACAUUAUCUAGAUCUAGACCUGAGGGUCGAUACUGGCAGCGGCAGGCUGCCGAUAGCCGCCGUUCUCGGCGGUGUUGGCCGUUCUACUUCAUGUAUGCAGUGCCUACAAACUAAUGCCGGUCGCGUGCGCGGCUCGAAUCGUGCCGGCGGAGCUGGCGGCGGCCGCGAACAACACAUUUUGCCACAUUAUCUAGAUCUAGACCUGAGGGUCGAUACUGGCAGCGGCAGGCUGCCGAUAGCCGCCGUUCUCGGCGGUGUUGGCCGUUCUACUUCAUGUAUGCAGUGCCUACAAACUAAUGCCGGUCGCGUGCGCGGCUCGAAUCGUGCCGGCGGAGCUGGCGGCGGCCGCGAACAACACAUUUUGCCACAUUAUCUAGAUCUAGACCUGAGGGUCGAUACUGGCAGCGGCAGGCUGCCGAUAGCCGCCGUUCUCGGCGGUGUUGGCCAUUCAACUUCAUGUAUGCAGUGCCUACAAACUAAUGCCGGUCGCGUGCGCGGCUCGAAUCGUGCCGGCGGAGCUGGCGGCGGCCGCGAACAACACAUUUUGCCACAUUAUCUAGAUCUAGACCUGAGGGUCGAUACUGGCAGCGGCAGGCUGCCGAUAGCCGCCGUUCUCGGCGGUGUUGGCCGUUCUACUUCAUGUAUGCAGUGCCUACAAACUAAUGCCGGUCGCGUGCGCGGCUCGAAUCGUGCCGGCGGAGCUGGCGGCGGCCGCGAACAACACAUUUUGCCACAUUAUCUAGAUCUAGACCUGAGGGUCGAUACUGGCAGCGGCAGGCUGCCGAUAGCCGCCGUUCUCGGCGGUGUUGGCCGUUCUACUUCAUGUAUGCAGUGCCUACAAACUAAUGCCGGUCGCGUGCGCGGCUCGAAUCGUGCCGGCGGAGCUGGCGGCGGCCGCGAACAACACAUUUUGCCACAUUAUCUAGAUCUAGACCUGAGGGUCGAUACUGGCAGCGGCAGGCUGCCGAUAGCCGCCGUUCUCGGCGGUGUUGGCCGUUCAACUUCAUGUAUGCAGUGCCUACAAACUAAUGCCGGUCGCGUGCGCGGCUCGAAUCGUGCCGGCGGAGCUGGCGGCGGCCGCGAACAACACAUUUUGCCACAUUUUCAAAAUCUAGACCUGAGGGUCGAUACUAGCAGCGGCAGGCUGCCGAUAGCCGCCGUUCUCGGCGGUGUUGGCCGUUCUACUUCAUGUAUGCAGUGCCUACAAACUAAUGCCGGUCGCGUGCGCGGCUCGAAUCGUGCCGGCGGAGCUGGCGGCGGCCGCGAACAACACAUUUUGCCACAUUAUCUAGAUCUAGACCUGAGGGUCGAUACUGGCAGCGGCAGGCUGCCGAUAGCCGCCGUUCUCGGCGGUGUUGGCCAUUCAACUUCAUGUAUGCAGUGCCUACAAACUAAUGCCGGUCGCGUGCGCGGCUCGAAUCGUGCCGGCAGAGCUGGCGGCGGCCGCGAACAACACAUUUUGCCACAUUAUCUAGAUCUAGACCUGAGGGUCGAUACUGGCAGCGGCAGGCUGCCGAUAGCCGCCGUUCUCGGCGGUGUUGGCCGUUCUACUUUACGUAUGCAGUGCCUACAAACUAAUGCCGGUCGCGUGCGCGGCUCGAAUCGUGCCGGCGGAGCUGGCGGCGGCCGCGAACAACACAUUUUGCCACAUUAUCUAGAUCUAGACCUGAGGGUCGAUACUAGCAGCGGCAGGCUGCCGAUAGCCGCCGUUCUCGGCGGUGUUGGCCGUUCUACUUCAUGUAUGCAGUGCGUACAAACUAAUGCCGGUCGCGUGCGCGGCUCGAAUCGUGCCGGCGGAGCUGGCGGCGGCCGCGAACAACACAUUUUGCCACAUUAUCUAGAUCUAGACCUGAGGGUCGAUACUGGCAGCGGCAGGCUGCCGAUAGCCGCCGUUCUCGGCGGUGUUGGCCGUUCUACUUCAUGUAUGCAGUGCCUACAAACUAAUGCCGGUCGCGUGCGCGGCUCGAAUCGUGCCGGCGGAGCUGGCGGCGGCCGCGAACAACACAUUUUGCCACAUUAUCUAGAUCUAGACCUGAGGGUCGAUACUAGCAGCGGCAGGCUGCCGAUAGCCGCCGUUCUCGGCGGUGUUGGCCGUUCUACUUCAUGUAUGCAGUGCCUACAAACUAUUACCGGUCGCGUGCGCGGCUCGAAUCGUGCCGGCGGAGCUGGCGGCGGUGGCGAACAACACAUUUUGCCACAUUUUCAAAAUCUAGACCUGAGGGUCGAUACUGGCAGCGGCAGGCUGCCGAUAGCCGCCGUUCUCGGCGGUGUUGGCCGUUCUACUUUACGUAUGCAGUGCCUACAAACUAAUGCCGGUCGCGUGCGCGGCUCGAAUCGUGCCGGCGGAGCUGGCGGCGGCCGCGAACAACACAUUUUGCCACAUUAUCUAGAUCUAGACCUGAGGGUCGAUACUGGCAGCGGCAGGCUGCCGAUAGCCGCCGUUCUCGGCGGUGUUGGCCGUUCUACUUCAUGUAUGCAGUGCCUACAAACUAUUGCCGGUCGCGUGCGCGGCUCGAAUCGUGCCGGCGGAGCUGGCGGCGGCCGCGAACAACACAUUUUGCCACAUUAUCUAGAUCUAGACCUGAGGGUCGAUACUAGCAGCGGCAGGCUGCCGAUAGCCGCCGUUCUCGGCGGUGUUGGCCGUUCAACUUCAUGUAUGCAGUGCCUACAAACAAUUGCCGGUCGCGUGCGCGGCUCGAAUCGUGCCGGCGGAGCUGGCGGCGGCCGCGAACAACACAUUUUGCCACAUUAUCUAGAUCUAGACCUGAGGGUCGAUACUGGCAGCGGCAGGCUGCCGAUAGCCGCCGUUCUCGGCGGUGUUGGCCGUUCUACUUCAUGUAUGCAGUGCCUACAAACUAUUGCCGGUCGCGUGCGCGGCUCGAAUCGUGCCGGCGGAGCUGGCGGCGGCCGCGAACAACACAUUUUGCCACAUUAUCUAGAUCUAGACCUGAGGGUCGAUACUGGCAGCGGCAGGCUGCCGAUAGCCGCCGUUCUCGGCGGUGUUGGCCGUUCUACUUUACGUAUGCAGUGCCUACAAACUAAUGCCGGUCGCGUGCGCGGCUCGAAUCGUGCCGGCGGAGCUGGCGGCGGCCGCGAACAACACAUUUUGCCACAUUAUCUAGAUCUAGACCUGAGGGUCGAUACUGGCAGCGGCAGGCUGCCGAUAGCCGCCGUUCUCGGCGGUGUUGGCCGUUCUACUUCAUGUAUGCAGUGCCUACAAACUAUUGCCGGUCGCGUGCGCGGCUCGAAUCGUGCCGGCGGAGCUGGCGGCGGCCGCGAACAACACAUUUUGCCACAUUAUCUAGAUCUAGACCUGAGGGUCGAUACUGGCAGCGGCAGGCUGCCGAUAGCCGCCGUUCUCGGCGGUGUUGGCCGUUCUACUUUACGUAUGCAGUGCCUACAAACUAAUGCCGGUCGCGUGCGCGUCUCGAAUCGUGCCGGCGGAGCUGACGGCGGCCGCGAACAACACAUUUUGCCACAUUAUCUAGAUCUAGACCUGAGGGUCGAUACUAGCAGCGGCAGGCUGCCGAUAGCCGCCGUUCUCGGCGGUGUUGGCCGUUCAACUUCAUGUAUGCAGUGCCUACAAACUAAUGCCGGUCGCGUGCGCGGCUCGAAUCGUGCCGGCGGAGCUGGCGGCGGCCGCGAACAACACAUUUUGCCACAUUAUCUAGAUCUAGACCUGAGGGUCGAUACUGGCAGCGGCAGGCUGCCGAUAGCCGCCGUUCUCGGCGGUGUUGGCCGUUCUACUUUACGUAUGCAGUGCCUACAAACUAAUGCCGGUCGCGUGCGCGUCUCGAAUCGUGCCGGCGGAGCUGGCGGCGGCCGCGAACAACACAUUUUGCCACAUUAUCUAGAUCUAGACCUGAGGGUCGAUACUGGCAGCGGCAGGCUGCCGAUAGCCGCCGUUCUCGGCGGUGUUGGCCGUUCUACUUCAUGUAUGCAGUGCCUACAAACUAAUGCCGGUCGCGUGCGCGGCUCGAAUCGUGCCGGCGGAGCUGGCGGCGGCCGCGAACAACACAUUUUGCCACAUUAUCAAAAUCUAGACCUGAGGGUCGAUACUGGCAGCGGCAGGCUGCCGAUAGCCGCCGUUCUCGGCGGUGUUGGCCGUUCUACUUCAUGUAUGCAGUGCCUACAAAAUAAUGCCGGUCGCGUGCGCGGCUCGAAUCGUGCCGGCGGAGCUGGCGGCGGCCGCGAACAACACAUUUUGCCACAUUAUCUAGAUCUAGACCUGAGGGUCGAUACUGGCAGCGGCAGGCUGCCGAUAGCCGCCGUUCUCGGCGGUGUUGGCCGUUCUACUUUACGUAUGCAGUGCCUACAAACUAAUGCCGGUCGCGUGCGCGUCUCGAAUCGUGCCGGCGGAGCUGGCGGCGGCCGCGAACAACACAUUUUGCCACAUUAUCUAGAUCUAGACCUGAGGGUCGAUACUGGCAGCGGCAGGCUGCCGAUAGCCGCCGUUCUCGGCGGUGUUGGCCGUUCAACUUUAUGUAUGCAGUGCCUACAAACAAUUGCCGGUCGCGUGCGCGGCUCGAAUCGUGCCGGCGGAGCUGGCGGCGGCCGCGAACAACACAUUUUGCCACAUUAUCUAGAUCUAGACCUGAGGGUCGAUACUGGCAGCGGCAGGCUGCCGAUAGCCGCCGUUCUCGGCGGUGUUGGCCGUUCUACUUUACGUAUGCAGUGCCUACAAACUAAUGCCGGUCGCGUGCGCGUCUCGAAUCGUGCCGGCGGAGCUGGCGGCGGCCGCGAACAACACAUUUUGCCACAUUAUCUAGAUCUAGACCUGAGGGUCGAUACUGGCAGCGGCAGGCUGCCGAUAGCCGCCGUUCUCGGCGGUGUUGGCCGUUCUACUUCAUGUAUGCAGUGCCUACAAACUAAUGCCGGUCGCGUGCGCGUCUCGAAUCGUGCCGGCGGAGCUGGCGGCGGCCGCGAACAACACAUUUUGCCACAUUAUCUAGAUCUAGACCUGAGGGUCGAUACUGGCAGCGGCAGGCUGCCGAUAGCCGCCGUUCUCGGCGGUGUUGGCCGUUCAACUUUAUGUAUGCAGUGCCUACAAACUAAUGCCGGUCGCGUGCGCGGCUCGAAUCGUGCCGGCGGAGCUGGCGGCGGCCGCGAACAACACAUUUUGCCACAUUAUCUAGAUCUAGACCUGAGGGUCGAUACUGGCAGCGGCAGGCUGCCGAUAGCCGCCGUUCUCGGCGGUGUUGGCCGUUCUACUUUACGUAUGCAGUGCCUACAAACUAAUGCCGGUCGCGUGCGCGUCUCGAAUCGUGCCGGCGGAGCUGGCGGCGGCCGCGAACAACACAUUUUGCCACAUUAUCUAGAUCUAGACCUGAGGGUCGAUACUGGCAGCGGCAGGCUGCCGAUAGCCGCCGUUCUCGGCGGUGUUGGCCGUUCUACUUUACGUAUGCAGUGCCUACAAACUAAUGCCGGUCGCGUGCGCGUCUCGAAUCGUGCCGGCGGAGCUGGCGGCGGCGAAUCGUGCCGGCGGAGCUGGCGGCGGCCGCGAACAACACAUUUUGCCACAUUAUCUAGAUCUAGACCUGAGGAUCUAGACCUGAGGGUCGAUACUGGCAGCGGCAGGCUGCCGAUAGCCGCCGUUCUCGGCGGUGUUGGCCGUUCUACUUCAUGUAUGCAGUGCCUACAAACUAUUGCCGGUCGCGUGCGCGGCUCGAAUCGUGCCGGCGGAGCUGGCGGCGGCCGCGAACAACACAUUUUGCCACAUUAUCUAGAUCUAGACCUGAGGGUCGAUACUGGCAGCGGCAGGCUGCCGAUAGCCGCCGUUCUCGGCGGUGUUGGCCGUUCAACUUUAUGUAUGCAGUGCCUACAAACUAAUGCCGGUCGCGUGCGCGGCUCGAAUCGUGCCGGCGGAGCUGGCGGCGGCCGCGAACAACACAUUUUGCCACAUUAUCUAGAUCUAGACCUGAGGGUCGAUACUGGCAGCGGCAGGCUGCCGAUAGCCGCCGUUCUCGGCGGUGUUGGCCGUUCAACUUUAUGUAUGCAGUGCCUACAAACUAAUGCCGGUCGCGUGCGCGGCUCGAAUCGUGCCGGCGGAGCUGGCGGCGGCCGCGAACAACACAUUUUGCCACAUUAUCUAGAUCUAGACCUGAGGGUCGAUACUGGCAGCGGCAGGCUGCCGAUAGCCGCCGUUCUCGGCGGUGUUGGCCGUUCUACUUUACGUAUGCAGUGCCUACAAACUAAUGCCGGUCGCGUGCGCGUCUCGAAUCGUGCCGGCGGAGCUGGCGGCGGCCGCGAACAACACAUUUUGCCACAUUAUCUAGAUCUAGACCUGAGGGUCGAUACUAGCAGCGGCAGGCUGCCGAUAGCCGCCGUUCUCGGCGGUGUUGGCCGUUCUACUUCAUGUAUGCAGUGCCUACAAACUAAUGCCGGUCGCGUGCGCGGCUCGAAUCGUGCCGGCGGAGCUGGCGGCGGCCGCGAACAACACAUUUUGCCACAUUAUCUAGAUCUAGACCUGAGGGUCGAUACUGGCAGCGGCAGGCUGCCGAUAGCCGCCGUUCUCGGCGGUGUUGGCCGUUCUACUUCAUGUAUGCAGUGCCUACAAACUAAUGCCGGUCGCGUGCGCGGCUCGAAUCGUGCCGGCGGAGCUGGCGGCGGCCGCGAACAACACAUUUUGCCACAUUAUCAAAAUCUAGACCUGAGGGUCGAUACUGGCAGCGGCAGGCUGCCGAUAGCCGCCGUUCUCGGCGGUGUUGGCCGUUCUACUUCAUGUAUGCAGUGCCUACAAACAAUUGCCGGUCGCGUGCGCGGCUCGAAUCGUGCCGGCGGAGCUGGCGGCGGCCGCGAACAACACAUUUUGCCACAUUAUCUAGAUCUAGACCUGAGGGUCGAUACUGGCAGCGGCAGGCUGCCGACAGCCGCCGUUCUCGGCGGUGUUGGCCGUUCUACUUCAUGUAUGCAGUGCCUACAAACAAUUGCCGGUCGCGUGCGCGGCUCGAAUCGUGCCGGCGGAGCUGGCGGCGGCCGCGAACAACACAUUUUGCCACAUUAUCUAGAUCUAGACCUGAGGGUCGAUACUGGCAGCGGCAGGCUGCCGAUAGCCGCCGUUCUCGGCGGUGUUGGCCGUUCUACUUCAUGUAUGCAGUGCCUACAAACUAAUGCCGGUCGCGUGCGCGUCUCGAAUCGUGCCGGCGGAGCUGGCGGCGGCCGCGAACAACACAUUUUGCCACAUUAUCUAGAUCUAGACCUGAGGGUCGAUACUAGCAGCGGCAGGCUGCCGAUAGCCGCCGUUCUCGGCGGUGUUGGCCGUUCUACUUUACGUAUGCAGUGCCUACAAACUAAUGCCGGUCGCGUGCGCGGCUCGAAUCGUGCCGGCGGAGCUGGCGGCGGCCGCGAACAACACAUUUUGCCACAUUAUCUAGAUCUAGACCUGAGGGUCGAUACUAGCAGCGGCAGGCUGCCGAUAGCCGCCGUUCUCGGCGGUGUUGGCCGUUCUACUUCAUGUAUGCAGUGCCUACAAACAAUUGCCGGUCGCGUGCGCGGCUCGAAUCGUGCCGGCGGAGCUGGCGGCGGCCGCGAACAACACAUUUUGCCACAUUUUCAAAAUCUAGACCUGAGGGUCGAUACUGGCAGCGGCAGGCUGCCGAUAGCCGCCGUUCUCGGCGGUGUUGGCCGUUCUACUUCAUGUAUGCAGUGCGUACAAACUAAUGCCGGUCGCGUGCGCGUCUCGAAUCGUGCCGGCGGAGCUGGCGGCGGCCGCGAACAACACAUUUUGCCACAUUAUCUAGAUCUAGACCUGAGGGUCGAUACUGGCAGCGGCAGGCUGCCGAUAGCCGCCGUUCUCGGCGGUGUUGGCCGUUCUACUUUACGUAUGCAGUGCCUACAAACAAUUGCCGGUCGCGUGCGCGGCUCGAAUCGUGCCGGCGGAGCUGGCGGCGGCCGCGAACAACACAUUUUGCCACAUUAUCUAGAUCUAGACCUGAGGGUCGAUACUGGCAGCGGCAGGCUGCCGAUAGCCGCCGUUCUCGGCGGUGUUGGCCGUUCUACUUUACGUAUGCAGUGCCUACAAACUAUUGCCGGUCGCGUGCGCGGCUCGAAUCGUGCCGGCGGAGCUGGCGGCGGCCGCGAACAACACAUUUUGCCACAUUAUCUAGAUCUAGACCUGAGGGUCGAUACUAGCAGCGGCAGGCUGCCGAUACCCGCCGUUCUCGGCGGUGUUGGCCGUUCUACUUCAUGUAUGCAGUGCCUACAAACAAUUGCCGGUCGCGUGCGCGGCUCGAAUCGUGCCGGCGGAGCUGGCGGCGGCCGCGAACAACACAUUUUGCCACAUUAUCUAGAUCUAGACCUGAGGGUCGAUACUGGCAGCGGCAGGCUGCCGAUAGCCGCCGUUCUCGGCGGUGUUGGCCGUUCUACUUCAUGUAUGCAGUGCGUACAAACUAAUGCCGGUCGCGUGCGCGUCUCGAAUCGUGCCGGCGGAGCUGGCGGCGGCCGCGAACAACACAUUUUGCCACAUUAUCUAGAUCUAGACCUGAGGGUCGAUACUGGCAGCGGCAGGCUGCCGAUAGCCGCCGUUCUCGGCGGUGUUGGCCGUUCUACUUUACAUCUAGACCUGAGGGUCGAUACUGGCAGCGGCAGGCUGCCGAUAGCCGCCGUUCUCGGCGGUGUUGGCCGUUCUACUUUACGUAUGCAGUGCCUACAAACAAUUGCCGGUCGCGUGCGCGGCUCGAAUCGUGCCGUCGGAGCUGGCGGCGGCCGCGAACAACACAUUUUGCCACAUUAUCUAGAUCUAGACCUGAGGGUCGAUACUGGCAGCGGCAGGCUGCCGAUAGCCGCCCUUCUCGGCGGUGUUGGCCGUUCAACUUCAUGUAUGCAGUGCCUACAAACUAAUGCCGGUCGCGUGCGCGGCUCGAAUCGUGCCGGCGGAGCUGGCGGCGGCCGCGAACAACACAUUUUGCCACAUUUUCAAAAUCUAGACCUGAGGGUCGAUACUGGCAGCGGCAGGCUGCCGAUAGCCGCCGUUCUCGGCGGUGUUGGCCGUUCUACUUUACGUAUGCAGUGCCUACAAACUAUUGCCGGUCGCGUGCGCGGCUCGAAUCGUGCCGGCGGAGCUGGCGGCGGCCGCGAACAACACAUUUUGCCACAUUAUCUAGAUCUAGACCUGAGGGUCGAUACUGGCAGCGGCAGGCUGCCGAUAGCCGCCGUUCUCGGCGGUGUUGGCCGUUCUACUUUACGUAUGCAGUGCCUACAAACAAUUGCCGGUCGCGUGCGCGGCUCGAAUCGUGCCGGCGGAGCUGGCGGCGGCCGCGAACAACACAUUUUGCCACAUUAUCUAGAUCUAGACCUGAGGGUCGAUACUAGCAGCGGCAGGCUGCCGAUACCCGCCGUUCUCGGCGGUGUUGGCCGUUCUACUUCAUGUAUGCAGUGCCUACAAACAAUUGCCGGUCGCGUGCGCGGCUCGAAUCGUGCCGGCGGAGCUGGCGGCGGCCGCGAACAACACAUUUUGCCACAUUAUCUAGAUCUAGACCUGAGGGUCGAUACUGGCAGCGGCAGGCUGCCGAUAGCCGCCGUUCUCGGCGGUGUUGGCCGUUCUACUUCAUGUAUGCAGUGCGUACAAACUAAUGCCGGUCGCGUGCGCGUCUCGAAUCGUGCCGGCGGAGCUGGCGGCGGCCGCGAACAACACAUUUUGCCACAUUAUCUAGAUCUAGACCUGAGGGUCGAUACUGGCAGCGGCAGGCUGCCGAUAGCCGCCGUUCUCGGCGGUGUUGGCCGUUCUACUUUACAUCUAGACCUGAGGGUCGAUACUGGCAGCGGCAGGCUGCCGAUAGCCGCCGUUCUCGGCGGUGUUGGCCGUUCUACUUUACGUAUGCAGUGCCUACAAACUAUUGCCGGUCGCGUGCGCGGCUCGAAUCGUGCCGGCGGAGCUGGCGGCGGCCGCGAACAACACAUUUUGCCACAUUAUCUAGAUCUAGACCUGAGGGUCGAUACUGGCAGCGGCAGGCUGCCGAUACCCGCCGUUCUCGGCGGUGUUGGCCGUUCUACUUCAUGUAUGCAGUGCCUACAAACAAUUGCCGGUCGCGUGCGCGGCUCGAAUCGUGCCGUCGGAGCUGGCGGCGGCCGCGAACAACACAUUUUGCCACAUUAUCUAGAUCUAGACCUGAGGGUCGAUACUGGCAGCGGCAGGCUGCCGAUAGCCGCCCUUCUCGGCGGUGUUGGCCGUUCUACUUUACGUAUGCAGUGCCUACAAAUUAAUGCCGGUCGCGUGCGCGGCUCGAAUCGUGCCGGCGGAGCUGGCGGCGGCCGCGAACAACACAUUUUGCCACAUUUUCAAAAUCUAGACCUGAGGGUCGAUACUGGCAGCGGCAGGCUGCCGAUAGCCGCCGUUCUCGGCGGUGUUGGCCGUUCAACUUCAUGUAUGCAGUGCCUACAAACUAAUGCCGGUCGCGUGCGCGGCUCGAAUCGUGCCGGCGGAGCUGGCGGCGGCCGCGAACAACACAUUUUGCCACAUUUUCAAAAUCUAGACCUGAGGGUCGAUACUGGCAGCGGCAGGCUGCCGAUAGCCGCCGUUCUCGGCGGUGUUGGCCGUUCAACUUCAUGUAUGCAGUGCCUACAAACUAAUGCCGGUCGCGUGCGCGGCUCGAAUCGUGCCGGCGGAGCUGGCGGCGGCCGCGAACAACACAUUUUGCCACAUUUUCAAAAUCUAGACCUGAGGGUCGAUACUGGCAGCGGCAGGCUGCCGAUAGCCGCCGUUCUCGGCGGUGUUGGCCGUUCAACUUCAUGUAUGCAGUGCCUACAAACUAAUGCCGGUCGCGUGCGCGGCUCGAAUCGUGCCGGCGGAGCUGGCGGCGGCCGCGAACAACACAUUUUGCCACAUUUUCAAAAUCUAGACCUGAGGGUCGAUACUGGCAGCGGCAGGCUGCCGAUAGCCGCCGUUCUCGGCGGUGUUGGCCGUUCUACUUCAUGUAUGCAGUGCGUACAAACUAAUGCCGGUCGCGUGCGCGUCUCGAAUCGUGCCGGCGGAGCUGACGGCGGCCGCGAACAACACAUUUUGCCACAUUAUCUAGAUCUAGACCUGAGGGUCGAUACUAGCAGCGGCAGGCUGCCGAUAGCCGCCGUUCUCGGCGGUGUUGGCCGUUCUACUUCAUGUAUGCAGUGCCUACAAACAAUUGCCGGUCGCGUGCGCGGCUCGAAUCGUGCCGGCGGAGCUGGCGGCGGCCGCGAACAACACAUUUUGCCACAUUAUCUAGAUCUAGACCUGAGGGUCGAUACUGGCAGCGGCAGGCUGCCGAUAGCCGCCGUUCUCGGCGGUGUUGGCCGUUCAACUUCAUGUAUGCAGUGCCUACAAACUAAUGCCGGUCGCGUGCGCGGCUCGAAUCGUGCCGGCGGAGCUGGCGGCGGCCGCGAACAACACAUUUUGCCACAUUAUCUAGAUCUAGACCUGAGGGUCGAUACUGGCAGCGGCAGGCUGCCGAUAGCCGCCGUUCUCGGCGGUGUUGGCCGUUCUACUUCAUGUAUGCAGUGCCUACAAACUAAUGCCGGUCGCGUGCGCGGCUCGAAGCGUGCCGGCGGAGCUGGCGGCGGCCGCGAACAACACAUUUUGCCACAUUAUCUAGAUCUAGACCUGAGGGUCGAUACUAGCAGCGGCAGGCUGCCGAUAGCCGCCGUUCUCGGCGGUGUUGGCCGUUCAACUUCAUGUAUGCAGUGCCUACAAACAAUUGCCGGUCGCGUGCGCGGCUCGAAUCGUGCCGGCGGAGCUGGCGGCGGCCGCGAACAACACAUUUUGCCACAUUAUCUAGAUCUAGACCUGAGGGUCGAUACUGGCAGCGGCAGGCUGCCGAUAGCCGCCGUUCUCGGCGGUGUUGGCCGUUCUACUUCAUGUAUGCAGUGCCUACAAACUAAUGCCGGUCGCGUGCGCGGCUCGAAUCGUGCCGGCGGAGCUGGCGGCGGCCGCGAACAACACAUUUUGCCACAUUAUCUAGAUCUAGACCUGAGGGUCGAUACUAGCAGCGGCAGGCUGCCGAUAGCCGCCGUUCUCGGCGGUGUUGGCCGUUCUACUUCAUGUAUGCAGUGCCUACAAACUAUUACCGGUCGCGUGCGCGGCUCGAAUCGUGCCGGCGGAGCUGGCGGCGGCCGCGAACAACACAUUUUGCCACAUUUUCAAAAUCUAGACCUGAGGGUCGAUACUGGCAGCGGCAGGCUGCCGAUAGCCGCCGUUCUCGGCGGUGUUGGCCGUUCUACUUCAUGUAUGCAGUGCCUACAAACAAUUGCCGGUCGCGUGCGCGGCUCGAAUCGUGCCGGCGGAGCUGGCGGCGGCCGCGAACAACACAUUUUGCCACAUUUUCAAAAUCUAGACCUGAGGGUCGAUACUGGCAGCGGCAGGCUGCCGAUAGCCGCCGUUCUCGGCGGUGUUGGCCAUUCUACUUCAUGUAUGCAGUGCCUACAAACAAUUGCCGGUCGCGUGCGAGGCUCGAAUCGUGCCGGCGGAGCUGGCGGCGGCCGCGAACAACACAUUUUGCCACAUUAUCUAGAUCUAGACCUGAGGGUCGAUACUAGCAGCGGCAGGCUGCCGAUAGCCGCCGUUCUCGGCGGUGUUGGCCGUUCAACUUCAUGUAUGCAGUGCCUACAAACAAUUGCCGGUCGCGUGCGCGGCUCGAAUCGUGCCGGCGGAGCUGGCGGCGGCCGCGAACAACACAUUUUGCCACAUUAUCUAGAUCUAGACCUGAGGGUCGAUACUGGCAGCGGCAGGCUGCCGAUAGCCGCCGUUCUCGGCGGUGUUGGCCGUUCUACUUCAUGUAUGCAGUGCCUACAAACUAAUGCCGGUCGCGUGCGCGGCUCGAAUCGUGCCGGCGGAGCUGGCGGCGGCCGCGAACAACACAUUUUGCCACAUUAUCUAGAUCUAGACCUGAGGGUCGAUACUAGCAGCGGCAGGCUGCCGAUAGCCGCCGUUCUCGGCGGUGUUGGCCGUUCUACUUCAUGUAUGCAGUGCCUACAAACUAUUACCGGUCGCGUGCGCGGCUCGAAUCGUGCCGGCGGAGCUGGCGGCGGUGGCGAACAACACAUUUUGCCACAUUUUCAAAAUCUAGACCUGAGGGUCGAUACUGGCAGCGGCAGGCUGCCGAUAGCCGCCGUUCUCGGCGGUGUUGGCCGUUCUACUUCAUGUAUGCAGUGCCUACAAACUAAUGCCGGUCGCGUGCGCGUCUCGAAUCGUGCCGGCGGAGCUGGCGGCGGCCGCGAACAACACAUUUUGCCACAUUAUCUAGAUCUAGACCUGAGGGUCGAUACUGGCAGCGGCAGGCUGCCGACAGCCGCCGUUCUCGGCGGUGUUGGCCGUUCUACUUCAUGUAUGCAGUGCCUACAAACAAUUGCCGGUCGCGUGCGCGGCUCGAAUCGUGCCGGCGGAGCUGGCGGCGGCCGCGAACAACACAUUUUGCCACAUUAUCUAGAUCUAGACCUGAGGGUCGAUACUAGCAGCGGCAGGCUGCCGAUAGCCGCCGUUCUCGGCGGUGUUGGCCGUUCAACUUCAUGUAUGCAGUGCCUACAAACUAAUGCCGGUCGCGUGCGCGGCUCGAAUCGUGCCGGCGGAGCUGGCGGCGGCCGCGAACAACACAUUUUGCCACAUUAUCUAGAUCUAGACCUGAGGGUCGAUACUAGCAGCGGCAGGCUGCCGACAGCCGCCGUUCUCGGCGGUGUUGGCCGUUCUACUUCAUGUAUGCAGUGCCUACAAACAAUUGCCGGUCGCGUGCGCGGCUCGAAUCGUGCCGGCGGAGCUGGCGGCGGCCGCGAACAACACAUUUUGCCACAUUAUCUAGAUCUAGACCUGAGGGUCGAUACUGGCAGCGGCAGGCUGCCGAUAGCCGCCGUUCUCGGCGGUGUUGGCCGUUCUACUUCAUGUAUGCAGUGCCUACAAACAAUUGCCGGUCGCGUGCGCGGCUCGAAUCGUGCUGUCGGAGCUGGCGGCGGCCGCGAACAACACAUUUUGCCACAUUAUCUAGAUCUAGACCUGAGGGUCGAUACUGGCAGCGGCAGGCUGCCGAUAGCCGCCGUUCUCGGCGGUGUUGGCCGUUCUACUUCAAGUAUGCAGUGCCUACAAACUAAUGCCGGUCGCGUGCGCGUCUCGAAUCGUGCCGGCGGAGCUGGCGGCGGUGGCGAACAACACAUUUUGCCACAUUUUCAAAAUCUAGACCUGAGGGUCGAUACUGGCAGCGGCAGGCUGCCGAUAGCCGCCGUUCUCGGCGGUGUUGGCCGUUCUACUUCAUGUAUGCAGUGCCUACAAACUAUUGCCGGUCGCGUGCGCGGCUCGAAUCGUGCCGGCGGAGCUGGCGGCGGCCGCGAACAACACAUUUUGCCACAUUAUCUAGAUCUAGACCUGAGGGUCGAUACUAGCAGCGGCAGGCUGCCGAUAGCCGCCGUUCUCGGCGGUGUUGGCCAUUCUACUUUACGUAUGCAGUGCCUACAAACUAAUGCCGGUCGCGUGCGCGGCUCGAAUCGUGCCGGCGGAGCUGGCGGCGGCCGCGAACAACACAUUUUGCCACAUUAUCUAGAUCUAGACCUGAGGGUCGAUACUAGCAGCGGCAGGCUGCCGACAGCCGCCGUUCUCGGCGGUGUUGGCCGUUCUACUUCAUGUAUGCAGUGCCUACAAACAAUUGCCGGUCGCGUGCGCGGCUCGAAUCGUGCCGGCGGAGCUGGCGGCGGCCGCGAACAACACAUUUUGCCACAUUAUCUAGAUCUAGACCUGAGGGUCGAUACUAGCAGCGGCAGGCUGCCGAUAGCCGCCGUUCUCGGCGGUGUUGGCCGUUCAACUUCAUGUAUGCAGUGCCUACAAACUAAUGCCGGUCGCGUGCGCGGCUCGAAUCGUGCCGGCGGAGCUGGCGGCGGCCGCGAACAACACAUUUUGCCACAUUAUCUAGAUCUAGACCUGAGGGUCGAUACUGGCAGCGGCAGGCUGCCGAUAGCCGCCGUUCUCGGCGGUGUUGGCCGUUCUACUUCAUGUAUGCAGUGCCUACAAACAAUUGCCGGUCGCGUGCGCGUCUCGAAUCGUGCCGGCGGAGCUGGCGGCGGCCGCGAACAACACAUUUUGCCACAUUAUCUAGAUCUAGACCUGAGGGUCGAUACUAGCAGCGGCAGGCUGCCGAUAGCCGCCGUUCUCGGCGGUGUUGGCCGUUCUACUUUACGUAUGCAGUGCCUACAAACAAUUGCCGGUCGCGUGCGCGUCUCGAAUCGUGCCGGCGGAGCUGGCGGCGGCCGCGAACAACACAUUUUGCCACAUUAUCUAGAUCUAGACCUGAGGGUCGAUACUAGCAGCGGCAGGCUGCCGAUAGCCGCCGUUCUCGGCGGUGUUGGCCGUUCUACUUUACGUAUGCAGUGCCUACAAACAAUUGCCGGUCGCGUGCGCGGCUCGAAUCGUGCCGGCGGAGCUGGCGGCGGCCGCGAACAACACAUUUUGCCACAUUAUCUAGAUCUAGACCUGAGGGUCGAUACUAGCAGCGGCAGGCUGCCGAUAGCCGCCGUUCUCGGCGGUGUUGGCCGUUCUACUUUACGUAUGCAGUGCCUACAAACAAUUGCCGGUCGCGUGCGCGGCUCGAAUCGUGCCGUCGGAGCUGGCGGCGGCCGCGAACAACACAUUUUGCCACAUUAUCUAGAUCUAGACCUGAGGGUCGAUACUGGCAGCGGCAGGCUGCCGAUAGCCGCCCUUCUCGGCGGUGUUGGCCGUUCAACUUCAUGUAUGCAGUGCCUACAAACAAUUGCCGGUCGCGUGCGCGGCUCGAAUCGUGCCGGCGGAGCUGGCGGCGGCCGCGAACAACACAUUUUGCCACAUUUUCAAAAUCUAGACCUGAGGGUCGAUACUGGCAGCGGCAGGCUGCCGAUAGCCGCCGUUCUCGGCGGUGUUGGCCGUUCUACUUCAUGUAUGCAGUGCCUACAAACUAAUGCCGGUCGCGUGCGCGGCUCGAAGCGUGCCGUCGGAGCUGGCGGCGGCCGCGAACAACACAUUUUGCCACAUUAUCUAGAUCUAGACCUGAGGGUCGAUACUGGCAGCGGCAGGCUGCCGAUAGCCGCCGUUCUCGGCGGUGUUGGCCGUUCUACUUCAUGUAUGCAGUGCCUACAAACAAUUGCCGGUCGCGUGCGCGGCUCGAAUCGUGCCGGCGGAGCUGGCGGCGGCCGCGAACAACACAUUUUGCCACAUUAUCUAGAUCUAGACCUGAGGGUCGAUACUGGCAGCGGCAGGCUGCCGAUAGCCGCCGUUCUCGGCGGUGUUGGCCGUUCAACUUCAUGUAUGCAGUGCCUACAAACUAAUGCCGGUCGCGUGCGCGGCUCGAAUCGUGCCGGCGGAGCUGGCGGCGGCCGCGAACAACACAUUUUGCCACAUUUUCAAAAUCUAGACCUGAGGGUCGAUACUGGCAGCGGCAGGCUGCCGAUAGCCGCCGUUCUCGGCGGUGUUGGCCGUUCAACUUCAUGUAUGCAGUGCCUACAAACUAAUGCCGGUCGCGUGCGCGGCUCGAAGCGUGCCGUCGGAGCUGGCGGCGGCCGCGAACAACACAUUUUGCCACAUUAUCUAGAUCUAGACCUGAGGGUCGAUACUAGCAGCGGCAGGCUGCCGAUAGCCGCCGUUCUCGGCGGUGUUGGCCGUUCAACUUCAUGUAUGCAGUGCCUACAUACUAAUGCCGGUCGCGUGCGCGGCUCGAAUCGUGCCGGCGGAGCUGGCGGCGGCCGCGAACAACACAUUUUGCCACAUUAUCUAGAUCUAGACCUGAGGGUCGAUACUGGCAGCGGCAGGCUGCCGAUAGCCGCCGUUCUCGGCGGUGUUGGCCGUUCUACUUCAUGUAUGCAGUGCCUACAAACAAUUGCCGGUCGCGUGCGCGGCUCGAAUCGUGCCGGCGGAGCUGGCGGCGGCCGCGAACAACACAUUUUGCCACAUUAUCUAGAUCUAGACCUGAGGGUCGAUACUGGCAGCGGCAGGCUGCCGAUAGCCGCCGUUCUCGGCGGUGUUGGCCGUUCAACUUCAUGUAUGCAGUGCCUACAAACUAAUGCCGGUCGCGUGCGCGGCUCGAAUCGUGCCGGCGGAGCUGGCGGCGGCCGCGAACAACACAUUUUGCCACAUUUUCAAAAUCUAGACCUGAGGGUCGAUACUGGCAGCGGCAGGCUGCCGAUAGCCGCCGUUCUCGGCGGUGUUGGCCGUUCAACUUCAUGUAUGCAGUGCCUACAAACUAAUGCCGGUCGCGUGCGCGGCUCGAAUCGUGCCGGCGGAGCUGGCGGCGGCCGCGAACAACACAUUUUGCCACAUUAUCUAGAUCUAGACCUGAGGGUCGAUACUGGCAGCGGCAGGCUGCCGAUAGCCGCCGUUCUCGGCGGUGUUGGCCGUUCUACUUCAUGUAUGCAGUGCCUACAAACAAUUGCCGGUCGCGUGCGCGGCUCGAAUCGUGCCGGCGGAGCUGGCGGCGGCCGCGAACAACACAUUUUGCCACAUUAUCUAGAUCUAGACCUGAGGGUCGAUACUGGCAGCGGCAGGCUGCCGAUAGCCGCCGUUCUCGGCGGUGUUGGCCGUUCUACUUCAUGUAUGCAGUGCCUACAAACUAAUGCCGGUCGCGUGCGCGGCUCGAAUCGUGCCGGCGGAGCUGGCGGCGGCCGCGAACAACACAUUUUGCCACAUUAUCUAGAUCUAGACCUGAGGGUCGAUACUGGCAGCGGCAGGCUGCCGAUAGCCGCCGUUCUCGGCGGUGUUGGCCGUUCUACUUCAUGUAUGCAGUGCCUACAAACAAUUGCCGGUCGCGUGCGCGGCUCGAAUCGUGCCGGCGGAGCUGGCGGCGGCCGCGAACAACACAUUUUGCCACAUUAUCUAGAUCUAGACCUGAGGGUCGAUACUGGCAGCGGCAGGCUGCCGAUAGCCGCCGUUCUCGGCGGUGUUGGCCGUUCUACUUCAUGUAUGCAGUGCGUACAAACUAAUGCCGGUCGCGUGCGCGUCUCGAAUCGUGCCGGCGGAGCUGGCGGCGGCCGCGAACAACACAUUUUGCCACAUUAUCUAGAUCUAGACCUGAGGGUCGAUACUGGCAGCGGCAGGCUGCCGAUAGCCGCCGUUCUCGGCGGUGUUGGCCGUUCUACUUUACGUAUGCAGUGCCUACAAACAAUUGCCGGUCGCGUGCGCGGCUCGAAUCGUGCCGGCGGAGCUGGCGGCGGCCGCGAACAACACAUUUUGCCACAUUAUCUAGAUCUAGACCUGAGGGUCGAUACUGGCAGCGGCAGGCUGCCGAUAGCCGCCGUUCUCGGCGGUGUUGGCCGUUCUACUUCAUGUAUGCAGUGCCUACAAACUAAUGCCGGUCGCGUGCGCGGCUCGAAUCGUGCCGGCGGAGCUGGCGGCGGCCGCGAACAACACAUUUUGCCACAUUAUCUAGAUCUAGACCUGAGGGUCGAUACUAGCAGCGGCAGGCUGCCGAUAGCCGCCGUUCUCGGCGGUGUUGGCCGUUCUACUUCAUAUCUAGACCUGAGGGUCGAUACUGGCAGCGGCAGGCUGCCGAUAGCCGCCGUUCUCGGCGGUGUUGGCCGUUCUACUUCACGUAUGCAGUGCGUACAAACUAAUGCCGGUCGCGUGCGCGGCUCGAAUCGUGCCGGCGGAGCUGGCGGCGGCCGCGAACAACACAUUUUGCCACAUUAUCUAGAUCUAGACCUGAGGGUCGAUACUGGCAGCGGCAGGCUGCCGAUAGCCGCCGUUCUCGGCGGUGUUGGCCAUUCUACUUUACGUAUGCAGUGCCUACAAACUAAUGCCGGUCGCGUGCGCGGCUCGAAUCGUGCCGGCGGAGCUGGCGGCGGCCGCGAACAACACAUUUUGCCACAUUUUCAAAAUCUAGACCUGAGGGUCGAUACUGGCAGCGGCAGGCUGCCGACAGCCGCCGUUCUCGGCGGUGUUGGCCGUUCUACUUCAUGUAUGCAGUGCCUACAAACUAAUGCCGGUCGCGUGCGCGGCUCGAAGCGUGCCGGCGGAGCUGGCGGCGGCCGCGAACAACACAUUUUGCCACAUUUUCAAAAUCUAGACCUGAGGGUCGAUACUGGCAGCGGCAGGCUGCCGAUAGCCGCCGUUCUCGGCGGUGUUGGCCAUUCUACUUUACGUAUGCAGUGCCUACAAACUAAUGCCGGUCGCGUGCGCGGCUCGAAUCGUGCCGGCGGAGCUGGCGGCGGCCGCGAACAACACAUUUUGCCACAUUAUCUAGAUCUAGACCUGAGGGUCGAUACUGGCAGCGGCAGGCUGCCGAUAGCCGCCGUUCUCGGCGGUGUUGGCCGUUCUACUUUACGUAUGCAGUGCCUACAAACUAAUGCCGGCCGCGUGCGCGGCUCGAAGCGUGCAGGCGGAGCUGGCGGCGGCCGCGAACAACACAUUUUGCCACAUUAUCUAGAUCUAGACCUGAGGGUCGAUACUGGCAGCGGCAGGCUGCCGAUAGCCGCCGUUCUCGGCGGUGUUGGCCGUUCUACUUUACGUAUGCAGUGCCUACAAACUAAUGCCGGUCGCGUGCGCGGCUCGAAGCGUGCCGGCGGAGCUGGCGGCGGCCGCGAACAACACAUUUUGCCACAUUAUCUAGAUCUAGACCUGAGGGUCGAUACUGGCAGCGGCAGGCUGCCGAUAGCCGCCGUUCUCGGCGGUGUUGGCCAUUCUACUUCAUGUAUGCAGUGCCUACAAACUAAUGCCGGUCGCGUGCGCGGCUCGAAGCGUGCCGGCGGAGCUGGCGGCGGCCGCGAACAACACAUUUUGCCACAUUAUCUAGAUCUAGACCUGAGGGUCGAUACUGGCAGCGGCAGGCUGCCGAUAGCCGCCGUUCUCGGCGGUGUUGGCCGUUCUACUUCAUGUAUGCAGUGCCUACAAACUAAUGCCGGUCGCGUGCGCGGCUCGAAUCGUGCCGGCGGAGCUGGCGGCGGCCGCGAACAACACAUUUUGCCACAUUAUCUAGAUCUAGACCUGAGGGUCGAUACUGGCAGCGGCAGGCUGCCGAUAGCCGCCGUUCUCGGCGGUGUUGGCCAUUCUACUUUACGUAUGCAGUGCCUACAAACUAAUGCCGGUCGCGUGCGCGGCUCGAAGCGUGCCGGCGGAGCUGGCGGUGGCCGCGAACAACACAUUUUGCCACAUUUUCAAAAUCUAGACCUGAGGGUCGAUACUGGCAGCGGCAGGCUGCCGAUAGCCGCCGUUCUCGGCGGUGUUGGCCAUUCUACUUUACGUAUGCAGUGCCUACAAACUAAUGCCGGUCGCGUGCGCGGCUCGAAGCGUGCCGGCGGAGCUGGCGGCGGCCGCGAACAACACAUUUUGCCACAUUAUCUAGAUCUAGACCUGAGGGUCGAUACUGGCAGCGGCAGGCUGCCGAUAGCCGCCGUUCUCGGCGGUGUUGGCCAUUCUACUUCAUGUAUGCAGUGCCUACAAACUAAUGCCGGUCGCGUGCGCGGCUCGAAGCGUGCCGGCGGAGCUGGCGGCGGCCGCGAACAACACAUUUUGCCACAUUAUCUAAAUCUAGACCUGAGGGUCGAUACUGGCAGCGGCAGGCUGCCGAUAGCCGCCGUUCUCGGCGGUGUUGGCCGUUCUACUUCAUGUAUGCAGUGCCUACAAACUAAUGCCGGUCGCGUGCGCGGCUCGAAUCGUGCCGGCGGAGCUGGCGGCGGCCGCGAACAACACAUUUUGCCACAUUAUCUAGAUCUAGACCUGAGGGUCGAUACUGGCAGCGGCAGGCUGCCGAUAGCCGCCGUUCUCGGCGGUGUUGGCCGUUCUACUUCAUGUAUGCAGUGCCUACAAACUAUUGCCGGUCGCGUGCGCGGCUCGAAUCGUGCCGGCGGAGCUGGCGGCGGCCGCGAACAACACAUUUUGCCACAUUAUCUAGAUCUAGACCUGAGGGUCGAUACUGGCAGCGGCAGGCUGCCGAUAGCCGCCGUUCUCGGCGGUGUUGGCCGAUCUACUUCAUGUAUGCAGUGCCUACAAACUAAUGCCGGUCGCGUGCGCGGCUCGAAGCGUGCCGGCGGAGCUGCCGGCGGCCGCGAACAACACAUUUUGCCACAUUAUCUAGAUCUAGACCUGAGGGUCGAUACUGGCAGCGGCAGGCUGCCGAUAGCCGCCGUUCUCGGCGGUGUUGGCCGAUCUACUUCAUGUAUGCAGUGCCUACAAACUAAUGCCGGUCGCGUGCGCGGCUCGAAUCGUGCCGGCGGAGCUGGCGGCGGCCGCGAACAACACAUUUUGCCACAUUUUCAAAAUCUAGACCUGAGGGUCGAUACUGGCAGCGGCAGGCUGCCGAUAGCCGCCGUUCUCGGCGGUGUUGGCCGUUCUACUUCAUGUAUGCAGUGCCUACAAACUAAUGCCGGUCGCAUGCGCGGCUUGAAUCGUGCCGGCGGAGCUGGCGGCGGCCGCGAACAACACAUUUUGCCACAUUAUCUAGAUCUAGACCUGAGGGUCGAUACUGGCAGCGGCAGGCUGCCGAUAGCCGCCGUUCUCGGCGGUGUUGGCCGAUCUACUUCAUGUAUGCAGUGCCUACAAACUAAUGCCGGUCGCGUGCGCGGCUCGAAUCGUGCCGGCGGAGCUGGCGGCGGCCGCGAACAACACAUUUUGCCACAUUAUCUAGAUCUAGACCUGAGGGUCGAUACUGGCAGCGGCAGGCUGCCGAUAGCCGCCGUUCUCGGCGGUGUUGGCCGUUCUACUUCAUGUAUGCAGUGCCUACAAACUAAUGCCGGUCGCGUGCGCGGCUCGAAUCGUGCCGGCGGAGCUGGCGGCGGCCGCGAACAACACAUUUUGCCACAUUAUCUAGAUCUAGACCUGAGGGUCGAUACUGGCAGCGGCAGGCUGCCGAUAGCCGCCGUUCUCGGCGGUGUUGGCCGUUCUACUUCAUGUAUGCAGUGCCUACAAACUAAUGCCGGUCGCGUGCGCGGCUCGAAGCGUGCCGGCGGAGCUGGCGGCGGCCGCGAACAACACAUUUUGCCACAUUAUCUAGAUCUAGACCUGAGGGUCGAUACUGGCAGCGGCAGGCUGCCGAUAGCCGCCGUUCUCGGCGGUGUUGGCCGUUCUACUUCAUGUAUGCAGUGCCUACAAACUAAUGCCGGUCGCGUGCGCGGCUCGAAGCGUGCCGGCGGAGCUGGCGGCGGCCGCGAACAACACAUUUUGCCACAUUAUCUAGAUCUAGACCUGAGGGUCGAUACUGGCAGCGGCAGGCUGCCGAUAGCCGCCGUUCUCGGCGGUGUUGGCCGUUCUACUUCAUGUAUGCAGUGCCUACAAACUAAUGCCGGUCGCGUGCGCGGCUCGAAUCGUGCCGGCGGAGCUGGCGGCGGCCGCGAACAACACAUUUUGCCACAUUAUCUAGAUCUAGACCUGAGGGUCGAUACUGGCAGCGGCAGGCUGCCGAUAGCCGCCGUUCUCGGCGGUGUUGGCCAUUCUACUUUACGUAUGCAGUGCCUACAAACUAUUGCCGGUCGCGUGCGCGGCUCGAAUCGUGCCGGCGGAGCUGGCGGCGGCCGCGAACAACACAUUUUGCCACAUUUUCAAAAUCUAGACCUGAGGGUCGAUACUGGCAGCGGCAGGCUGCCGAUAGCCGCCGUUCUCGGCGGUGUUGGCCAUUCUACUUUACGUAUGCAGUGCCUACAAACUAAUGCCGGUCGCGUGCGCGGCUCGAAUCGUGCCGGCGGAGCUGGCGGCGGCCGCGAACAACACAUUUUGCCACAUUAUCUAGAUCUAGACCUGAGGGUCGAUACUGGCAGCUGCAGGCUGCCGAUAGCCACCGUUCUCGGCGGUGUUGGCCGUUCUACUUCAUGUAUGCAGUGCCUACAAACUAAUGCCGGUCGCGUGCGCGGCUCGAAGCGUGCCGGCGGAGCUGGCGGCGGCCGCGAACAACACAUUUUGCCACAUUAUCUAGAUCUAGACCUGAGGGUCGAUACUGGCAGCGGCAGGCUGCCGAUAGCCGCCGUUCUCGGCGGUGUUGGCCGUUCUACUUCAUGUAUGCAGUGCCUACAAACUAAUGCCGGUCGCGUGCGCGGCUCGAAUCGUGCCGGCGGAGCUGGCGGCGGCCGCGAACAACACAUUUUGCCACAUUAUCUAGAUCUAGACCUGAGGGUCGAUACUGGCAGCGGCAGGCUGCCGAUAGCCGCCGUUCUCGGCGGUGUUGGCCGUUCUACUUCAUGUAUGCAGUGCCUACAAACUAAUGCCGGUCGCGUGCGCGGCUCGAAUCGUGCCGGCGGAGCUGGCGGCGGCCGCGAACAACACAUUUUGCCACAUUAUCUAGAUCUAGACCUGAGGGUCGAUACUGGCAGCGGCAGGCUGCCGAUAGCCGCCGUUCUCGGCGGUGUUGGCCAUUCUACUUCAUGUAUGCAGUGCCUACAAACUAAUGCCGGUCGCGUGCGCGGCUCGAAUCGUGCCGGCACAGCUGGCGGCGGCCGCGAACAACACAUUUUGCCACAUUAUCUAGAUCUAGACCUGAGGGUCGAUACUGGCAGCGGCAGGCUGCCGAUAGCCGCCGUUCUCGGCGGUGUUGGCCGUUCUACUUCAUGUAUGCAGUGCCUACAAACUAAUGCCGGUCGCGUGCGCGGCUCGAAUCGUGCCGGCGGAGCUGACGGCGGCCGCGAACAACACAUUUUGCCACAUUAUCUAGAUCUAGACCUGAGGGUCGAUACUAGCAGCGGCAGGCUGCCGACAGCCGCCGUUCUCGGCGGUGUUGGCCGUUCUACUUCAUGUAUGCAGUGCCUACAAACAAUUGCCGGUCGCGUGCGCGGCUCGAAUCGUGCCGGCGGAGCUGGCGGCGGCCGCGAACAACACAUUUUGCCACAUUAUCUAGAUCUAGACCUGAGGGUCGAUACUGGCAGCGGCAGGCUGCCGAUAGCCGCCGUUCUCGGCGGUGUUGGCCGUUCUACUUCAUGUAUGCAGUGCCUACAAACAAUUGCCGGUCGCGUGCGCGGCUCGAAUCGUGCCGGCGGAGCUGGCGGCGGCCGCGAACAACACAUUUUGCCACAUUAUCUAGAUCUAGACCUGAGGGUCGAUACUGGCAGCGGCAGGCUGCCGAUAGCCGCCGUUCUCGGCGGUGUUGGCCGUUCUACUUCAUGUAUGCAGUGCCUACAAACUAUUGCCGGUCGCGUGCGCGGCUCGAAUCGUGCCGGCGGAGCUGGCGGCGGCCGCGAACAACACAUUUUGCCACAUUAUCUAGAUCUAGACCUGAGGGUCGAUACUGGCAGCGGCAGGCUGCCGAUAGCCGCCGUUCUCGGCGGUGUUGGCCGUUCUACUUCAUGUAUGCAGUGCCUACAAACAAUUGCCGGUCGCGUGCGCGUCUCGAAUCGUGCCGGCGGAGCUGGCGGCGGCCGCGAACAACACAUUUUGCCACAUUAUCUAGAUCUAGACCUGAGGGUCGAUACUAGCAGCGGCAGGCUGCCGAUAGCCGCCGUUCUCGGCGGUGUUGGCCGUUCUACUUUACGUAUGCAGUGCCUACAAACAAUUGCCGGUCGCGUGCGCGUCUCGAAUCGUGCCGGCGGAGCUGGCGGCGGCCGCGAACAACACAUUUUGCCACAUUAUCUAGAUCUAGACCUGAGGGUCGAUACUAGCAGCGGCAGGCUGCCGAUAGCCGCCGUUCUCGGCGGUGUUGGCCGUUCUACUUUACGUAUGCAGUGCCUACAAACAAUUGCCGGUCGCGUGCGCGGCUCGAAUCGUGCCGGCGGAGCUGGCGGCGGCCGCGAACAACACAUUUUGCCACAUUAUCUAGAUCUAGACCUGAGGGUCGAUACUAGCAGCGGCAGGCUGCCGAUAGCCGCCGUUCUCGGCGGUGUUGGCCGUUCUACUUCACGUAUGCAGUGCCUACAAACAAUUGCCGGUCGCGUGCGCGGCUCGAAUCGUGCCGGCGGAGCUGGCGGCGGCCGCGAACAACACAUUUUGCCACAUUAUCUAGAUCUAGACCUGAGGGUCGAUACUGGCAGCGGCAGGCUGCCGAUAGCCGCCGUUCUCGGCGGUGUUGGCCGUUCUACUUCAUGUAUGCAGUGCCUACAAACUAUUGCCGGUCGCGUGCGCGGCUCGAAUCGUGCCGGCGGAGCUGGCGGCGGCCGCGAACAACACAUUUUGCCACAUUAUCUAGAUCUAGACCUGAGGGUCGAUACUGGCAGCGGCAGGCUGCCGAUAGCCGCCGUUCUCGGCGGUGUUGGCCGUUCAACUUUAUGUAUGCAGUGCCUACAAACUAAUGCCGGUCGCGUGCGCGGCUCGAAUCGUGCCGGCGGAGCUGGCGGCGGCCGCGAACAACACAUUUUGCCACAUUAUCUAGAUCUAGACCUGAGGGUCGAUACUGGCAGCGGCAGGCUGCCGAUAGCCGCCGUUCUCGGCGGUGUUGGCCGUUCAACUUUAUGUAUGCAGUGCCUACAAACUAAUGCCGGUCGCGUGCGCGGCUCGAAUCGUGCCGGCGGAGCUGGCGGCGGCCGCGAACAACACAUUUUGCCACAUUAUCUAGAUCUAGACCUGAGGGUCGAUACUGGCAGCGGCAGGCUGCCGAUAGCCGCCGUUCUCGGCGGUGUUGGCCGUUCUACUUUACGUAUGCAGUGCCUACAAACUAAUGCCGGUCGCGUGCGCGUCUCGAAUCGUGCCGGCGGAGCUGGCGGCGGCCGCGAACAACACAUUUUGCCACAUUAUCUAGAUCUAGACCUGAGGGUCGAUACUGGCAGCGGCAGGCUGCCGAUAGCCGCCGUUCUCGGCGGUGUUGGCCGUUCUACUUUACGUAUGCAGUGCCUACAAACUAAUGCCGGUCGCGUGCGCGUCUCGAAUCGUGCCGGCGGAGCUGGCGGCGGCGAAUCGUGCCGGCGGAGCUGGCGGCGGCCGCGAACAACACAUUUUGCCACAUUAUCUAGAUCUAGACCUGAGGAUCUAGACCUGAGGGUCGAUACUGGCAGCGGCAGGCUGCCGAUAGCCGCCGUUCUCGGCGGUGUUGGCCGUUCUACUUCAUGUAUGCAGUGCCUACAAACUAUUGCCGGUCGCGUGCGCGGCUCGAAUCGUGCCGGCGGAGCUGGCGGCGGCCGCGAACAACACAUUUUGCCACAUUAUCUAGAUCUAGACCUGAGGGUCGAUACUGGCAGCGGCAGGCUGCCGAUAGCCGCCGUUCUCGGCGGUGUUGGCCGUUCAACUUUAUGUAUGCAGUGCCUACAAACUAAUGCCGGUCGCGUGCGCGGCUCGAAUCGUGCCGGCGGAGCUGGCGGCGGCCGCGAACAACACAUUUUGCCACAUUAUCUAGAUCUAGACCUGAGGGUCGAUACUGGCAGCGGCAGGCUGCCGAUAGCCGCCGUUCUCGGCGGUGUUGGCCGUUCAACUUUAUGUAUGCAGUGCCUACAAACUAAUGCCGGUCGCGUGCGCGGCUCGAAUCGUGCCGGCGGAGCUGGCGGCGGCCGCGAACAACACAUUUUGCCACAUUAUCUAGAUCUAGACCUGAGGGUCGAUACUGGCAGCGGCAGGCUGCCGAUAGCCGCCGUUCUCGGCGGUGUUGGCCGUUCUACUUUACGUAUGCAGUGCCUACAAACUAAUGCCGGUCGCGUGCGCGGCUCGAAUCGUGCCGGCGGAGCUGGCGGCGGCCGCGAACAACACAUUUUGCCACAUUAUCUAGAUCUAGACCUGAGGGUCGAUACUGGCAGCGGCAGGCUGCCGAUAGCCGCCGUUCUCGGCGGUGUUGGCCGUUCUACUUUACGUAUGCAGUGCCUACAAACUAAUGCCGGUCGCGUGCGCGUCUCGAAUCGUGCCGGCGGAGCUGGCGGCGGCCGCGAACAACACAUUUUGCCACAUUAUCUAGAUCUAGACCUGAGGGUCGAUACUAGCAGCGGCAGGCUGCCGAUAGCCGCCGUUCUCGGCGGUGUUGGCCGUUCUACUUCAUGUAUGCAGUGCCUACAAACUAAUGCCGGUCGCGUGCGCGGCUCGAAUCGUGCCGGCGGAGCUGGCGGCGGCCGCGAACAACACAUUUUGCCACAUUAUCUAGAUCUAGACCUGAGGGUCGAUACUGGCAGCGGCAGGCUGCCGAUAGCCGCCGUUCUCGGCGGUGUUGGCCGUUCUACUUCAUGUAUGCAGUGCCUACAAACUAUUGCCGGUCGCGUGCGCGGCUCGAAUCGUGCCGGCGGAGCUGGCGGCGGCCGCGAACAACACAUUUUGCCACAUUAUCUAGAUCUAGACCUGAGGGUCGAUACUGGCAGCGGCAGGCUGCCGAUAGCCGCCGUUCUCGGCGGUGUUGGCCGUUCUACUUCAUGUAUGCAGUGCCUACAAACUAAUGCCGGUCGCGUGCGCGGCUCGAAUCGUGCCGGCGGAGCUGGCGGCGGCCGCGAACAACACAUUUUGCCACAUUAUCUAGAUCUAGACCUGAGGGUCGAUACUGGCAGCGGCAGGCUGCCGAUAGCCGCCGUUCUCGGCGGUGUUGGCCGUUCUACUUCAUGUAUGCAGUGCCUACAAACUAAUGCCGGUCGCGUGCGCGGCUCGAAUCGUGCCGGCGGAGCUGGCGGCGGCCGCGAACAACACAUUUUGCCACAUUAUCUAGAUCUAGACCUGAGGGUCGAUACUGGCAGCGGCAGGCUGCCGAUAGCCGCCGUUCUCGGCGGUGUUGGCCGUUCUACUUCAUGUAUGCAGUGCGUACAAACUAAUGCCGGUCGCGUGCGCGGCUCGAAUCGUGCCGGCGGAGCUGGCGGCGGCCGCGAACAACACAUUUUGCCACAUUAUCUAGAUCUAGACCUGAGGGUCGAUACUGGCAGCGGCAGGCUGCCGAUAGCCGCCGUUCUCGGCGGUGUUGGCCAUUCUACUUCAUGUAUGCAGUGCCUACAAACAAUUGCCGGUCGCGUGCGCGGCUCGAAUCGUGCCGGCACAGCUGGCGGCGGCCGCGAACAACACAUUUUGCCACAUUAUCUAGAUCUAGACCUGAGGGUCGAUACUGGCAGCGGCAGGCUGCCGAUAGCCGCCGUUCUCGGCGGUGUUGGCCGUUCUACUUCAUGUAUGCAGUGCCUACAAACUAAUGCCGGUCGCGUGCGCGGCUCGAAUCGUGCCGGCGGAGCUGGCGGCGGCCGCGAACAACACAUUUUGCCACAUUAUCUAGAUCUAGACCUGAGGGUCGAUACUGGCAGCGGCAGGCUGCCGAUAGCCGCCGUUCUCGGCGGUGUUGGCCGUUCUACUUCAUGUAUGCAGUGCCUACAAACUAAUGCCGGUCGCGUGCGCGGCUCGAAUCGUGCCGGCGGAGCUGGCGGUGGCCGCGAACAACACAUUUUGCCACAUUUUCAAAAUCUAGACCUGAGGGUCGAUACUGGCAGCGGCAGGCUGCCGAUAGCCGCCGUUCUCGGCGGUGUUGGCCACUCUACUUUACGUAUGCAGUGCCUACAAACUAAUGCCGGUCGCGUGCGCGGCUCGAAGCGUGCCGGCGGAGCUGGCGGCGGCCGCGAACAACACAUUUUGCCACAUUAUCUAGAUCUAGACCUGAGGGUCGAUACUGGCAGCGGCAGGCUGCCGAUAGCCGCCGUUCUCGGCGGUGUUGGCCAUUCUACUUUACGUAUGCAGUGCCUACAAACUAAUGCCGGUCGCGUGCGCGGCUCGAAGCGUGCCGGCGGAGCUGGCGGCGGCCGCGAACAACACAUUUUGCCACAUUUUCAAAAUCUAGACCUGAGGGUCGAUACUGGCAGCGGCAGGCUGCCGAUAGCCGCCGUUCUCGGCGGUGUUGGCCGUUCUACUUCAUGUAUGCAGUGCCUACAAACUAAUGCCGGUCGCGUGCGCGGCUCGAAUCGUGCCGGCGGAGCUGGCGGUGGCCGCGAACAACACAUUUUGCCACAUUAUCUAGAUCUAGACCUGAGGGUCGAUACUGGCAGCGGCAGGCUGCCGAUAGCCGCCGUUCUCGGCGGUGUUGGCCGAUCUACUUCAUGUAUGCAGUGCCUACAAACUAAUGCCGGUCGCGUGCGCGGCUCGAAUCGUGCCGGCGGAGCUGGCGGCGGCCGCGAACAACACAUUUUGCCACAUUAUCUAGAUCUAGACCUGAGGGUCGAUACUGGCAGCGGCAGGCUGCCGAUAGCCGCCGUUCUCGGCGGUGUUGGCCGUUCUACUUCAUGUAUGCAGUGCCUACAAACAAUUGCCGGUCGCGUGCGCGGCUCGAAUCGUGCCGGCGGAGCUGGCGGCGGCCGCGAACAACACAUUUUGCCACAUUAUCUAGAUCUAGACCUGAGGGUCGAUACUGGCAGCGGCAGGCUGCCGAUAGCCGCCGUUCUCGGCGGUGUUGGCCGUUCUACUUCAUGUAUGCAGUGCGUACAAACUAAUGCCGGUCGCGUGCGCGUCUCGAAUCGUGCCGGCGGAGCUGGCGGCGGCCGCGAACAACACAUUUUGCCACAUUAUCUAGAUCUAGACCUGAGGGUCGAUACUGGCAGCGGCAGGCUGCCGAUAGCCGCCGUUCUCGGCGGUGUUGGCCGUUCUACUUUACAUCUAGACCUGAGGGUCGAUACUGGCAGCGGCAGGCUGCCGAUAGCCGCCGUUCUCGGCGGUGUUGGCCGUUCUACUUCAUGUAUGCAGUGCCUACAAACAAUUGCCGGUCGCGUGCGCGUCUCGAAUCGUGCCGGCGGAGCUGGCGGCGGCCGCGAACAACACAUUUUGCCACAUUAUCUAGAUCUAGACCUGAGGGUCGAUACUGGCAGCGGCAGGCUGCCGAUAGCCGCCGUUCUCGGCGGUGUUGGCCGUUCUACUUCAUGUAUGCAGUGCCUACAAACUAAUGCCGGUCGCGUGCGCGGCUCGAAUCGUGCCGGCGGAGCUGACGGCGGCCGCGAACAACACAUUUUGCCACAUUAUCUAGAUCUAGACCUGAGGGUCGAUACUAGCAGCGGCAGGCUGCCGACAGCCGCCGUUCUCGGCGGUGUUGGCCGUUCUACUUCAUGUAUGCAGUGCCUACAAACAAUUGCCGGUCGCGUGCGCGGCUCGAAUCGUGCCGGCGGAGCUGGCGGCGGCCGCGAACAACACAUUUUGCCACAUUAUCUAGAUCUAGACCUGAGGGUCGAUACUGGCAGCGGCAGGCUGCCGAUAGCCGCCGUUCUCGGCGGUGUUGGCCGUUCUACUUCAUGUAUGCAGUGCCUACAAACUAAUGCCGGUCGCGUGCGCGGCUCGAAUCGUGCCGGCGGAGCUGGCGGCGGCCGCGAACAACACAUUUUGCCACAUUAUCUAGAUCUAGACCUGAGGGUCGAUACUGGCAGCGGCAGGCUGCCGAUAGCCGCCGUUCUCGGCGGUGUUGGCCGUUCAACUUCAUGUAUGCAGUGCCUACAAACUAAUGCCGGUCGCGUGCGCGGCUCGAAUCGUGCCGGCGGAGCUGGCGGCGGCCGCGAACAACACAUUUUGCCACAUUAUCUAGAUCUAGACCUGAGGGUCGAUACUGGCAGCGGCAGGCUGCCGAUAGCCGCCGUUCUCGGCGGUGUUGGCCGUUCUACUUCAUGUAUGCAGUGCCUACAAACAAUUGCCGGUCGCGUGCGCGGCUCGAAUCGUGCCGGCGGAGCUGGCGGCGGCCGCGAACAACACAUUUUGCCACAUUAUCUAGAUCUAGACCUGAGGGUCGAUACUGGCAGCGGCAGGCUGCCGAUAGCCGCCGUUCUCGGCGGUGUUGGCCGUUCUACUUCAUGUAUGCAGUGCCUACAAACUAAUGCCGGUCGCGUGCGCGGCUCGAAUCGUGCCGGCGGAGCUGGCGGCGGCCGCGAACAACACAUUUUGCCACAUUAUCUAGAUCUAGACCUGAGGGUCGAUACUGGCAGCGGCAGGCUGCCGAUAGCCGCCGUUCUCGGCGGUGUUGGCCGUUCUACUUCAUGUAUGCAGUGCCUACAAACAAUUGCCGGUCGCGUGCGCGGCUCGAAUCGUGCCGGCGGAGCUGGCGGCGGCCGCGAACAACACAUUUUGCCACAUUAUCUAGAUCUAGACCUGAGGGUCGAUACUGGCAGCGGCAGGCUGCCGACAGCCGCCGUUCUCGGCGGUGUUGGCCGUUCUACUUCAUGUAUGCAGUGCCUACAAACAAUUGCCGGUCGCGUGCGCGGCUCGAAUCGUGCCGGCGGAGCUGGCGGCGGCCGCGAACAACACAUUUUGCCACAUUAUCUAGAUCUAGACCUGAGGGUCGAUACUGGCAGCGGCAGGCUGCCGAUAGCCGCCGUUCUCGGCGGUGUUGGCCGUUCUACUUCAUAUCUAGACCUGAGGGUCGAUACUGGCAGCGGCAGGCUGCCGAUAGCCGCCGUUCUCGGCGGUGUUGGCCGUUCUACUUCAUGUAUGCAGUGCCUACAAACUAAUGCCGGUCGCGUGCGCGGCUCGAAUCGUGCCGGCGGAGCUGGCGGCGGCCGCGAACAACACAUUUUGCCACAUUUUCAAAAUCUAGACCUGAGGGUCGAUACUGGCAGCGGCAGGCUGCCGAUAGCCGCCGUUCUCGGCGGUGUUGGCCGUUCUACUUCAUGUAUGCAGUGCCUACAAACUAAUGCCGGUCGCGUGCGCGGCUCGAAUCGUGCCGGCGGAGCUGGCGGCGGCCGCGAACAACACAUUUUGCCACAUUUUCAAAAUCUAGACCUGAGGGUCGAUACUGGCAGCGGCAGGCUGCCGAUAGCCGCCGUUCUCGGCGGUGUUGGCCGUUCUACUUCAUGUAUGCAGUGCGUACAAACUAAUGCCGGUCGCGUGCGCGUCUCGAAUCGUGCCGGCGGAGCUGACGGCGGCCGCGAACAACACAUUUUGCCACAUUAUCUAGAUCUAGACCUGAGGGUCGAUACUAGCAGCGGCAGGCUGCCGAUAGCCGCCGUUCUCGGCGGUGUUGGCCGUUCUACUUCAUGUAUGCAGUGCCUACAAACAAUUGCCGGUCGCGUGCGCGGCUCGAAUCGUGCCGGCGGAGCUGGCGGCGGCCGCGAACAACACAUUUUGCCACAUUAUCUAGAUCUAGACCUGAGGGUCGAUACUGGCAGCGGCAGGCUGCCGAUAGCCGCCGUUCUCGGCGGUGUUGGCCGUUCAACUUCAUGUAUGCAGUGCCUACAAACUAAUGCCGGUCGCGUGCGCGGCUCGAAUCGUGCCGGCGGAGCUGGCGGCGGCCGCGAACAACACAUUUUGCCACAUUAUCUAGAUCUAGACCUGAGGGUCGAUACUGGCAGCGGCAGGCUGCCGAUAGCCGCCGUUCUCGGCGGUGUUGGCCGUUCUACUUCAUGUAUGCAGUGCCUACAAACUAAUGCCGGUCGCGUGCGCGGCUCGAAGCGUGCCGGCGGAGCUGGCGGCGGCCGCGAACAACACAUUUUGCCACAUUAUCUAGAUCUAGACCUGAGGGUCGAUACUGGCAGCUGCAGGCUGCCGAUAGCCACCGUUCUCGGCGGUGUUGGCCGUUCUACUUCAUGUAUGCAGUGCCUACAAACUAAUGCCGGUCGCGUGCGCGGCUCGAAGCGUGCCGGCGGAGCUGGCGGCGGCCGCGAACAACACAUUUUGCCACAUUAUCUAGAUCUAGACCUGAGGGUCGAUACUGGCAGCGGCAGGCUGCCGAUAGCCGCCGUUCUCGGCGGUGUUGGCCGUUCUACUUCAUGUAUGCAGUGCCUACAAACUAAUGCCGGUCGCGUGCGCGGCUCGAAUCGUGCCGGCGGAGCUGGCGGCGGCCGCGAACAACACAUUUUGCCACAUUAUCUAGAUCUAGACCUGAGGGUCGAUACUGGCAGCGGCAGGCUGCCGAUAGCCGCCGUUCUCGGCGGUGUUGGCCGUUCUACUUUACGUAUGCAGUGCCUACAAACUAUUGCCGGUCGCGUGCGCGGCUCGAAUCGUGCCGGCGGAGCUGGCGGCGGCCGCGAACAACACAUUUUGCCACAUUAUCUAGAUCUAGACCUGAGGGUCGAUACUGGCAGCGGCAGGCUGCCGAUAGCCGCCGUUCUCGGCGGUGUUGGCCGUUCUACUUUACGUAUGCAGUGCCUACAAACAAUUGCCGGUCGCGUGCGCGGCUCGAAUCGUGCCGGCGGAGCUGGCGGCGGCCGCGAACAACACAUUUUGCCACAUUAUCUAGAUCUAGACCUGAGGGUCGAUACUAGCAGCGGCAGGCUGCCGAUACCCGCCGUUCUCGGCGGUGUUGGCCGUUCUACUUCAUGUAUGCAGUGCCUACAAACAAUUGCCGGUCGCGUGCGCGGCUCGAAUCGUGCCGGCGGAGCUGGCGGCGGCCGCGAACAACACAUUUUGCCACAUUAUCUAGAUCUAGACCUGAGGGUCGAUACUGGCAGCGGCAGGCUGCCGAUAGCCGCCGUUCUCGGCGGUGUUGGCCAUUCUACUUCAUGUAUGCAGUGCCUACAAACUAUUGCCGGUCGCGUGCGCGGCUCGAAUCGUGCCGGCGGAGCUGGCGGCGGCCGCGAACAACACAUUUUGCCACAUUAUCUAGAUCUAGACCUGAGGGUCGAUACUGGCAGCGGCAGGCUGCCGAUAGCCGCCGUUCUCGGCGGUGUUGGCCAUUCUACUUUACGUAUGCAGUGCCUACAAACUAAUGCCGGUCGCGUGCGCGGCUCGAAUCGUGCCGGCGGAGCUGGCGGCGGCCGCGAACAACACAUUUUGCCACAUUUUCAAAAUCUAGACCUGAGGGUCGAUACUGGCAGCGGCAGGCUGCCGAUAGCCGCCGUUCUCGGCGGUGUUGGCCGUUCUACUUCACGUAUGCAGUGCGUACAAACUAAUGCCGGUCGCGUGCGCGGCUCGAAUCGUGCCGGCGGAGCUGGCGGCGGCCGCGAACAACACAUUUUGCCACAUUUUCAAAAUCUAGACCUGAGGGUCGAUACUGGCAGCGGCAGGCUGCCGAUAGCCGCCGUUCUCGGCGGUGUUGGCCGUUCAACUUCAUGUAUGCAGUGCCUACAAACUAAUGCCGGUCGCGUGCGCGGCUCGAAUCGUGCCGGCGGAGCUGGCGGCGGCCGCGAACAACACAUUUUGCCACAUUAUCUAGAUCUAGACCUGAGGGUCGAUACUGGCAGCGGCAGGCUGCCGAUAGCCGCCGUUCUCGGCGGUGUUGGCCGUUCUACUUCAUGUAUGCAGUGCCUACAAACAAUUGCCGGUCGCGUGCGCGUCUCGAAUCGUGCCGGCGGAGCUGGCGGCGGCCGCGAACAACACAUUUUGCCACAUUAUCUAGAUCUAGACCUGAGGGUCGAUACUAGCAGCGGCAGGCUGCCGAUAGCCGCCGUUCUCGGCGGUGUUGGCCGUUCUACUUUACGUAUGCAGUGCCUACAAACAAUUGCCGGUCGCGUGCGCGUCUCGAAUCGUGCCGGCGGAGCUGGCGGCGGCCGCGAACAACACAUUUUGCCACAUUAUCUAGAUCUAGACCUGAGGGUCGAUACUAGCAGCGGCAGGCUGCCGAUAGCCGCCGUUCUCGGCGGUGUUGGCCGUUCUACUUCACGUAUGCAGUGCCUACAAACAAUUGCCGGUCGCGUGCGCGGCUCGAAUCGUGCCGGCGGAGCUGGCGGCGGCCGCGAACAACACAUUUUGCCACAUUAUCUAGAUCUAGACCUGAGGGUCGAUACUGGCAGCGGCAGGCUGCCGAUAGCCGCCGUUCUCGGCGGUGUUGGCCGUUCAACUUCAUGUAUGCAGUGCCUACAAACUAAUGCCGGUCGCGUGCGCGGCUCGAAUCGUGCCGGCGGAGCUGGCGGCGGCCGCGAACAACACAUUUUGCCACAUUAUCUAGAUCUAGACCUGAGGGUCGAUACUGGCAGCGGCAGGCUGCCGAUAGCCGCCGUUCUCGGCGGUGUUGGCCGUUCUACUUCAUGUAUGCAGUGCCUACAAACUAAUGCCGGUCGCGUGCGCGGCUCGAAUCGUGCCGGCGGAGCUGGCGGCGGCCGCGAACAACACAUUUUGCCACAUUAUCUAGAUCUAGACCUGAGGGUCGAUACUGGCAGCGGCAGGCUGCCGAUAGCCGCCGUUCUCGGCGGUGUUGGCCGUUCUACUUCAUGUAUGCAGUGCCUACAAACUAAUGCCGGUCGCGUGCGCGGCUCGAAUCGUGCCGGCGGAGCUGGCGGCGGCCGCGAACAACACAUUUUGCCACAUUAUCUAGAUCUAGACCUGAGGGUCGAUACUGGCAGCGGCAGGCUGCCGAUAGCCGCCGUUCUCGGCGGUGUUGGCCAUUCUACUUUACGUAUGCAGUGCCUACAAACUAAUGCCGGUCGCGUGCGCGGCUCGAAGCGUGCCGGCGGAGCUGGCGGUGGCCGCGAACAACACAUUUUGCCACAUUUUCAAAAUCUAGACCUGAGGGUCGAUACUGGCAGCGGCAGGCUGCCGAUAGCCGCCGUUCUCGGCGGUGUUGGCCAUUCUACUUUACGUAUGCAGUGCCUACAAACUAAUGCCGGUCGCGUGCGCGGCUCGAAUCGUGCCGGCGGAGCUGGCGGCGGCCGCGAACAACACAUUUUGCCACAUUAUCUAGAUCUAGACCUGAGGGUCGAUACUGGCAGCGGCAGGCUGCCGAUAGCCGCCGUUCUCGGCGGUGUUGGCCGUUCAACUUCAUGUAUGCAGUGCCUACAAACUAAUGCCGGUCGCGUGCGCGGCUCGAAUCGUGCCGGCGGAGCUGGCGGCGGCCGCGAACAACACAUUUUGCCACAUUUUCAAAAUCUAGACCUGAGGGUCGAUACUAGCAGCGGCAGGCUGCCGACAGCCGCCGUUGUCGGCGGUGUUGGCCGUUCUACUUCAUGUAUGCAGUGCCUACAAACUAAUGCCGGUCGCGUGCGCGGCUCGAAUCGUGCCGGCGGAGCUGGCGGCGGCCGCGAACAACACAUUUUGCCACAUUUUCAAAAUCUAGACCUGAGGGUCGAUACUAGCAGCGGCAGGCUGCCGACAGCCGCCGUUCUCGGCGGUGUUGGCCGUUCUACUUCAUGUAUGCAGUGCCUACAAACUAAUGCCGGUCGCGUGCGCGGCUCGAAUCGUGCCGGCGGAGCUGGCGGCGGCCGCGAACAACACAUUUUGCCACAUUAUCUAGAUCUAGACCUGAGGGUCGAUACUGGCAGCGGCAGGCUGCCGAUAGCCGCCGUUCUCGGCGGUGUUGGCCGUUCUACUUCAUGUAUGCAGUGCCUACAAACUAAUGCCGGUCGCGUGCGCGGCUCGAAUCGUGCCGGCGGAGCUGGCGGCGGCCGCGAACAACACAUUUUGCCACAUUAUCUAGAUCUAGACCUGAGGGUCGAUACUGGCAGCGGCAGGCUGCCGAUAGCCGCCGUUCUCGGCGGUGUUGGCCAUUCUACUUCAUGUAUGCAGUGCCUACAAACUAAUGCCGGUCGCGUGCGCGGCUCGAAUCGUGCCGGCGGAGCUGGCGGCGGCCGCGAACAACACAUUUUGCCACAUUAUCUAGAUCUAGACCUGAGGGUCGAUACUGGCAGCGGCAGGCUGCCGAUAGCCGCCGUUCUCGGCGGUGUUGGCCGUUCUACUUCAUGUAUGCAGUGCCUACAAACUAAUGCCGGUCGCGUGCGCGGCUCGAAUCGUGCCGGCGGAGCUGGCGGCGGCCGCGAACAACACAUUUUGCCACAUUAUCUAGAUCUAGACCUGAGGGUCGAUACUGGCAGCGGCAGGCUGCCGAUAGCCGCCGUUCUCGGCGGUGUUGGCCGUUCUACUUUAUGUAUGCAGUGCCUACAAACUAAUGCCGGUCGCGUGCGCGGCUCGAAGCGUGCCGGCGGAGCUGGCGGCGGCCGCGAACAACACAUUUUGCCACAUUUUCAAAAUCUAGACCUGAGGGUCGAUACUGGCAGCGGCAGGCUGCCGAUAGCCGCCGUUCUCGGCGGUGUUGGCCGUUCUACUUCAUGUAUGCAGUGCCUACAAACUAAUGCCGGUCGCGUGCGCGGCUCGAAUCGUGCCGGCGGAGCUGGCGGCGGCCGCGAACAACACAUUUUGCCACAUUAUCUAGAUCUAGACCUGAGGGUCGAUACUGGCAGCGGCAGGCUGCCGAUAGCCGCCGUUCUCGGCGGUGUUGGCCAUUCUACUUCAUGUAUGCAGUGCCUACAAACUAAUGCCGGUCGCGUGCGCGGCUCGAAUCGUGCCGGCGGAGCUGGCGGCGGCCGCGAACAACACAUUUUGCCACAUUAUCAAAAUCUAGACCUGAGGGUCGAUACUGGCAGCGGCAGGCUGCCGAUAGCCGCCGUUCUCGGCGGUGUUGGCCGUUCUACUUCAUGUAUGCAGUGCCUACAAACAAUUGCCGGUCGCGUGCGCGGCUCGAAUCGUGCCGGCGGAGCUGGCGGCGGCCGCGAACAACACAUUUUGCCACAUUAUCUAGAUCUAGACCUGAGGGUCGAUACUAGCAGCGGCAGGCUGCCGAUAGCCGCCGUUCUCGGCGGUGUUGGCCGUUCUACUUCAUGUAUGCAGUGCCUACAAACAAUUGCCGGUCGCGUGCGCGGCUCGAAUCGUGCCGGCGGAGCUGGCGGCGGCCGCGAACAACACAUUUUGCCACAUUAUCUAGAUCUAGACCUGAGGGUCGAUACUAGCAGCGGCAGGCUGCCGAUAGCCGCCGUUCUCGGCGGUGUUGGCCGUUCUACUUCAUGUAUGCAGUGCCUACAAACUAAUGCCGGUCGCGUGCGCGGCUCGAAUCGUGCCGGCGGAGCUGGCGGCGGCCGCGAACAACACAUUUUGCCACAUUAUCUAGAUCUAGACCUGAGGGUCGAUACUGGCAGCGGCAGGCUGCCGAUAGCCGCCGUUCUCGGCGGUGUUGGCCGUUCUACUUCAUGUAUGCAGUGCCUACAAACAAUUGCCGGUCGCGUGCGCGUCUCGAAUCGUGCCGGCGGAGCUGGCGGCGGCCGCGAACAACACAUUUUGCCACAUUAUCUAGAUCUAGACCUGAGGGUCGAUACUAGCAGCGGCAGGCUGCCGAUAGCCGCCGUUCUCGGCGGUGUUGGCCGUUCUACUUUACGUAUGCAGUGCCUACAAACAAUUGCCGGUCGCGUGCGCGUCUCGAAUCGUGCCGGCGGAGCUGGCGGCGGCCGCGAACAACACAUUUUGCCACAUUAUCUAGAUCUAGACCUGAGGGUCGAUACUAGCAGCGGCAGGCUGCCGAUAGCCGCCGUUCUCGGCGGUGUUGGCCGUUCUACUUUACGUAUGCAGUGCCUACAAACAAUUGCCGGUCGCGUGCGCGGCUCGAAUCGUGCCGGCGGAGCUGGCGGCGGCCGCGAACAACACAUUUUGCCACAUUAUCUAGAUCUAGACCUGAGGGUCGAUACUAGCAGCGGCAGGCUGCCGAUAGCCGCCGUUCUCGGCGGUGUUGGCCGUUCUACUUUACGUAUGCAGUGCCUACAAACAAUUGCCGGUCGCGUGCGCGGCUCGAAUCGUGCCGGCGGAGCUGGCGGCGGCCGCGAACAACACAUUUUGCCACAUUAUCUAGAUCUAGACCUGAGGGUCGAUACUGGCAGCGGCAGGCUGCCGAUAGCCGCCGUUCUCGGCGGUGUUGGCCGUUCUACUUCAUGUAUGCAGUGCCUACAAACAAUUGCCGGUCGCGUGCGCGGCUCGAAUCGUGCCGGCGGAGCUGGCGGCGGCCGCGAACAACACAUUUUGCCACAUUAUCUAGAUCUAGACCUGAGGGUCGAUACUGGCAGCGGCAGGCUGCCGAUAGCCGCCGUUCUCGGCGGUGUUGGCCGUUCUACUUCAUGUAUGCAGUGCCUACAAACUAAUGCCGGUCGCGUGCGCGGCUCGAAUCGUGCCGGCGGAGCUGGCGGCGGCCGCGAACAACACAUUUUGCCACAUUAUCUAGAUCUAGACCUGAGGGUCGAUACUGGCAGCGGCAGGCUGCCGAUAGCCGCCGUUCUCGGCGGUGUUGGCCGUUCUACUUCAUGUAUGCAGUGCCUACAAACAAUUGCCGGUCGCGUGCGCGGCUCGAAUCGUGCCGGCGGAGCUGGCGGCGGCCGCGAACAACACAUUUUGCCACAUUAUCUAGAUCUAGACCUGAGGGUCGAUACUGGCAGCGGCAGGCUGCCGAUAGCCGCCGUUCUCGGCGGUGUUGGCCGUUCUACUUCAUGUAUGCAGUGCCUACAAACAAUUGCCGGUCGCGUGCGCGGCUCGAAUCGUGCUGUCGGAGCUGGCGGCGGCCGCGAACAACACAUUUUGCCACAUUAUCUAGAUCUAGACCUGAGGGUCGAUACUGGCAGCGGCAGGCUGCCGAUAGCCGCCGUUCUCGGCGGUGUUGGCCGUUCAACUUCAUGUAUGCAGUGCCUACAAACAAUUGCCGGUCGCGUGCGCGGCUCGAAUCGUGCCGGCGGAGCUGGCGGCGGCCGCGAACAACACAUUUUGCCACAUUUUCAAAAUCUAGACCUGAGGGUCGAUACUGGCAGCGGCAGGCUGCCGAUAGCCGCCGUUCUCGGCGGUGUUGGCCGUUCUACUUCAUGUAUGCAGUGCCUACAAACAAUUGCCGGUCGCGUGCGCGUCUCGAAUCGUGCCGGCGGAGCUGGCGGCGGCCGCGAACAACACAUUUUGCCACAUUAUCUAGAUCUAGACCUGAGGGUCGAUACUAGCAGCGGCAGGCUGCCGAUAGCCGCCGUUCUCGGCGGUGUUGGCCGUUCUACUUUACGUAUGCAGUGCCUACAAACAAUUGCCGGUCGCGUGCGCGUCUCGAAUCGUGCCGGCGGAGCUGGCGGCGGCCGCGAACAACACAUUUUGCCACAUUAUCUAGAUCUAGACCUGAGGGUCGAUACUAGCAGCGGCAGGCUGCCGAUAGCCGCCGUUCUCGGCGGUGUUGGCCGUUCUACUUUACGUAUGCAGUGCCUACAAACAAUUGCCGGUCGCGUGCGCGGCUCGAAUCGUGCCGGCGGAGCUGGCGGCGGCCGCGAACAACACAUUUUGCCACAUUAUCUAGAUCUAGACCUGAGGGUCGAUACUGGCAGCGGCAGGCUGCCGAUAGCCGCCGUUCUCGGCGGUGUUGGCCGUUCUACUUCAUGUAUGCAGUGCCUACAAACAAUUGCCGGUCGCGUGCGCGGCUCGAAUCGUGCCGUCGGAGCUGGCGGCGGCCGCGAACAACACAUUUUGCCACAUUAUCUAGAUCUAGACCUGAGGGUCGAUACUGGCAGCGGCAGGCUGCCGAUAGCCGCCCUUCUCGGCGGUGUUGGCCGUUCUACUUUACGUAUGCAGUGCCUACAAAUUAAUGCCGGUCGCGUGCGCGGCUCGAAUCGUGCCGGCGGAGCUGGCGGCGGCCGCGAACAACACAUUUUGCCACAUUUUCAAAAUCUAGACCUGAGGGUCGAUACUGGCAGCGGCAGGCUGCCGAUAGCCGCCGUUCUCGGCGGUGUUGGCCGUUCUACUUCAUGUAUGCAGUGCCUACAAACUAAUGCCGGUUGCGUGCGCGGCUCGAAGCGUGCCGGCGGAGCUGGCGGCGGCCGCGAACAACACAUUUUGCCACAUUAUCUAGAUCUAGACCUGAGGGUCGAUACUGGCAGCGGCAGGCUGCCGAUAGCCGCCGUUCUCGGCGGUGUUGGCCGAUCUACUUCAUGUAUGCAGUGCCUACAAACUAAUGCCGGUCGCGUGCGCGGCUCGAAGCGUGCCGGCGGAGCUGGCGGCGGCCGCGAACAACACAUUUUGCCACAUUAUCUAGAUCUAGACCUGAGGGUCGAUACUGGCAGCUGCAGGCUGCCGAUAGCCACCGUUCUCGGCGGUGUUGGCCGUUCUACUUCAUGUAUGCAGUGCCUACAAACUAAUGCCGGUCGCGUGCGCGGCUCGAAGCGUGCCGGCGGAGCUGGCGGCGGCCGCGAACAACACAUUUUGCCACAUUAUCUAGAUCUAGACCUGAGGGUCGAUACUGGCAGCGGCAGGCUGCCGAUAGCCGCCGUUCUCGGCGGUGUUGGCCGUUCUACUUCAUGUAUGCAGUGCCUACAAACUAAUGCCGGUCGCGUGCGCGGCUCGAAUCGUGCCGGCGGAGCUGGCGGCGGCCGCGAACAACACAUUUUGCCACAUUAUCUAGAUCUAGACCUGAGGGUCGAUACUGGCAGCGGCAGGCUGCCGAUAGCCGCCGUUCUCGGCGGUGUUGGCCGUUCUACUUCAUGUAUGCAGUGCCUACAAACUAAUGCCGGUCGCGUGCGCGGCUCGAAUCGUGCCGGCGGAGCUGGCGGUGGCCGCGAACAACACAUUUUGCCACAUUUUCAAAAUCUAGACCUGAGGGUCGAUACUGGCAGCGGCAGGCUGCCGAUAGCCGCCGUUCUCGGCGGUGUUGGCCACUCUACUUUACGUAUGCAGUGCCUACAAACUAAUGCCGGUCGCGUGCGCGGCUCGAAGCGUGCCGGCGGAGCUGGCGGCGGCCGCGAACAACACAUUUUGCCACAUUAUCUAGAUCUAGACCUGAGGGUCGAUACUGGCAGCGGCAGGCUGCCGAUAGCCGCCGUUCUCGGCGGUGUUGGCCAUUCUACUUUACGUAUGCAGUGCCUACAAACUAAUGCCGGUCGCGUGCGCGGCUCGAAGCGUGCCGGCGGAGCUGGCGGCGGCCGCGAACAACACAUUUUGCCACAUUUUCAAAAUCUAGACCUGAGGGUCGAUACUGGCAGCGGCAGGCUGCCGAUAGCCGCCGUUCUCGGCGGUGUUGGCCGUUCUACUUCAUGUAUGCAGUGCCUACAAACUAAUGCCGGUCGCGUGCGCGGCUCGAAUCGUGCCGGCGGAGCUGGCGGUGGCCGCGAACAACACAUUUUGCCACAUUAUCUAGAUCUAGACCUGAGGGUCGAUACUGGCAGCGGCAGGCUGCCGAUAGCCGCCGUUCUCGGCGGUGUUGGCCAUUCUACUUUACGUAUGCAGUGCCUACAAACUAAUGCCGGUCGCGUGCGCGGCUCGAAGCGUGCCGGCGGAGCUGGCGGCGGCCGCGAACAACACAUUUUGCCACAUUUUCAAAAUCUAGACCUGAGGGUCGAUACUGGCAGCGGCAGGCUGCCGAUAGCCGCCGUUCUCGGCGGUGUUGGCCAUUCUACUUUACGUAUGCAGUGCCUACAAACUAAUGCCGGCCGCGUGCGCGGCUCGAAGCGUGCCGGCGGAGCUGGCGGCGGCCGCGAACAACACAUUUUGCCACAUUAUCUAGAUCUAGACCUGAGGGUCGAUACUGGCAGCGGCAGGCUGCCGAUAGCCGCCGUUCUCGGCGGUGUUGGCCGUUCUACUUCAUGUAUGCAGUGCCUACAAACUAAUGCCGGUCGCGUGCGCGGCUCGAAGCGUGCCGGCGGAGCUGGCGGCGGCCGCGAACAACACAUUUUGCCACAUUAUCUAGAUCUAGACCUGAGGGUCGAUACUAGCAGCGGCAGGCUGCCGAUAGCCGCCGUUCUCGGCGGUGUUGGCCGUUCAACUUCAUGUAUGCAGUGCCUACAAACAAUUGCCGGUCGCGUGCGCGGCUCGAAUCGUGCCGGCGGAGCUGGCGGCGGCCGCGAACAACACAUUUUGCCACAUUAUCUAGAUCUAGACCUGAGGGUCGAUACUGGCAGCGGCAGGCUGCCGAUAGCCGCCGUUCUCGGCGGUGUUGGCCGUUCUACUUCAUGUAUGCAGUGCCUACAAACUAAUGCCGGUCGCGUGCGCGGCUCGAAUCGUGCCGGCGGAGCUGGCGGCGGCCGCGAACAACACAUUUUGCCACAUUAUCUAGAUCUAGACCUGAGGGUCGAUACUAGCAGCGGCAGGCUGCCGAUAGCCGCCGUUCUCGGCGGUGUUGGCCGUUCUACUUCAUGUAUGCAGUGCCUACAAACAAUUGCCGGUCGCGUGCGCGGCUCGAAUCGUGCCGGCGGAGCUGGCGGCGGCCGCGAACAACACAUUUUGCCACAUUAUCUAGAUCUAGACCUGAGGGUCGAUACUGGCAGCGGCAGGCUGCCGAUAGCCGCCGUUCUCGGCGGUGUUGGCCGUUCUACUUCAUGUAUGCAGUGCCUACAAACUAAUGCCGGUCGCGUGCGCGGCUCGAAUCGUGCCGGCGGAGCUGACGGCGGCCGCGAACAACACAUUUUGCCACAUUAUCUAGAUCUAGACCUGAGGGUCGAUACUAGCAGCGGCAGGCUGCCGACAGCCGCCGUUCUCGGCGGUGUUGGCCGUUCUACUUCAUGUAUGCAGUGCCUACAAACAAUUGCCGGUCGCGUGCGCGGCUCGAAUCGUGCCGGCGGAGCUGGCGGCGGCCGCGAACAACACAUUUUGCCACAUUAUCUAGAUCUAGACCUGAGGGUCGAUACUGGCAGCGGCAGGCUGCCGAUAGCCGCCGUUCUCGGCGGUGUUGGCCGUUCUACUUCAUGUAUGCAGUGCCUACAAACAAUUGCCGGUCGCGUGCGCGGCUCGAAUCGUGCCGGCGGAGCUGGCGGCGGCCGCGAACAACACAUUUUGCCACAUUAUCUAGAUCUAGACCUGAGGGUCGAUACUAGCAGCGGCAGGCUGCCGAUAGCCGCCGUUCUCGGCGGUGUUGGCCGUUCUACUUCAUGUAUGCAGUGCCUACAAACAAUUGCCGGUCGCGUGCGCGGCUCGAAUCGUGCCGGCGGAGCUGGCGGCGGCCGCGAACAACACAUUUUGCCACAUUAUCUAGAUCUAGACCUGAGGGUCGAUACUAGCAGCGGCAGGCUGCCGAUAGCCGCCGUUCUCGGCGGUGUUGGCCGUUCUACUUCAUGUAUGCAGUGCCUACAAACUAAUGCCGGUCGCGUGCGCGGCUCGAAUCGUGCCGGCGGAGCUGGCGGCGGCCGCGAACAACACAUUUUGCCACAUUAUCUAGAUCUAGACCUGAGGGUCGAUACUGGCAGCGGCAGGCUGCCGAUAGCCGCCGUUCUCGGCGGUGUUGGCCGUUCUACUUCAUGUAUGCAGUGCCUACAAACUAAUGCCGGUCGCGUGCGCGGCUCGAAUCGUGCCGGCGGAGCUGGCGGCGGCCGCGAACAACACAUUUUGCCACAUUAUCUAGAUCUAGACCUGAGGGUCGAUACUAGCAGCGGCAGGCUGCCGAUAGCCGCCGUUCUCGGCGGUGUUGGCCGUUCUACUUCAUGUAUGCAGUGCCUACAAACAAUUGCCGGUCGCGUGCGCGGCUCGAAUCGUGCCGGCGGAGCUGGCGGCGGCCGCGAACAACACAUUUUGCCACAUUAUCUAGAUCUAGACCUGAGGGUCGAUACUAGCAGCGGCAGGCUGCCGAUAGCCGCCGUUCUCGGCGGUGUUGGCCGUUCUACUUCAUGUAUGCAGUGCCUACAAACUAAUGCCGGUCGCGUGCGCGGCUCGAAUCGUGCCGGCGGAGCUGGCGGCGGCCGCGAACAACACAUUUUGCCACAUUAUCUAGAUCUAGACCUGAGGGUCGAUACUGGCAGCGGCAGGCUGCCGAUAGCCGCCGUUCUCGGCGGUGUUGGCCGUUCUACUUCAUUUAUGCAGUGCCUACAAACUAAUGCCGGCCGCUGCCUACAAACUAAUGCCGGUCGCGUGCGCGGCUCGAAGCGCGCCGGUGGAGCUGGCGGCGGCCGCGAACAACACAUUUUGCCACAUUAUCUAGAUCUAGACCUGAGGGUCGAUACUGGCAGCGGCAGGCUGCCGAUAGCCGCCGUUCUCGGCGGUGUUGGCCGUUCUACUUCAUGUAUGCAGUGCCUACAAACUAUUGCCGGUCGCGUGCGCGGCUCGAAUCGUGCCGUCGGAGCUGGCGGCGGCCGCGAACAACACAUUUUGCCACAUUAUCUAGAUCUAGACCUGAGGGUCGAUACUGGCAGCGGCAGGCUGCCGAUAGCCGCCGUUCUCGGCGGUGUUGGCCGUUCUACUUCAUGUAUGCAGUGCCUACAAACUAAUGCCGGUCGCGUGCGCGGCUCGAAGCGUGCCGGCGGAGCUGGCGGCGGCCGCGAACAACACAUUUUGCCACAUUAUCUAGAUCUAGACCUGAGGGUCGAUACUGGCAGCGGCAGGCUGCCGAUAGCCGCCGUUCUCGGCGGUGUUGGCCGUUCUACUUCAUGUAUGCAGUGCCUACAAACUAUUGCCGGUCGCGUGCGCGGCUCGAAUCGUGCCGUCGGAGCUGGCGGCGGCCGCGAACAACACAUUUUGCCACAUUUUCAAAAUCUAGACCUGAGGGUCGAUACUGGCAGCGGCAGGCUGCCGAUAGCCGCCGUUCUCGGCGGUGUUGGCCGAUCUACUUCAUGUAUGCAGUGCCUACAAACUAAUGCCGGUCGCGUGCGCGGCUCGAAGCGUGCCGGCGGAGCUGGCGGCGGCCGCGAACAACACAUUUUGCCACAUUAUCUAGAUCUAGACCUGAGGGUCGAUACUGGCAGCGGCAGGCUGCCGAUAGCCGCCGUUCUCGGCGGUGUUGGCCGUUCUACUUCAUGUAUGCAGUGCCUACAAACUAAUGCCGGUCGCGUGCGCGGCUCGAAGCGUGCCGUCGGAGCUGGCGGCGGCCGCGAACAACACAUUUUGCCACAUUUUCAAAAUCUAGACCUGAGGGUCGAUACUGGCAGCGGCAGGCUGCCGAUAGCCGCCGUUCUCGGCGGUGUUGGCCGAUCUACUUCAUGUAUGCAGUGCCUACAAACUAAUGCCGGUCGCGUGCGCGGCUCGAAGCGUGCCGGCGGAGCUGGCGGCGGCCGCGAACAACACAUUUUGCCACAUUUUCAAAAUCUAGACCUGAGGGUCGAUACUGGCAGCGGCAGGCUGCCGAUAGCCGCCGUUCUCGGCGGUGUUGGCCGUUCUACUUCAUGUAUGCAGUGCCUACAAACUAAUGCCGGUCGCGUGCGCGGCUCGAAGCGUGCCGUCGGAGCUGGCGGCGGCCGCGAACAACACAUUUUGCCACAUUUUCAAAAUCUAGACCUGAGGGUCGAUACUGGCAGCGGCAGGCUGCCGAUAGCCGCCGUUCUCGGCGGUGUUGGCCGAUCUACUUCAUGUAUGCAGUGCCUACAAACUAAUGCCGGUCGCGUGCGCGGCUCGAAGCGUGCCGGCGGAGCUGGCGGCGGCCGCGAACAACACAUUUUGCCACAUUUUCAAAAUCUAGACCUGAGGGUCGAUACUGGCAGCGGCAGGCUGCCGAUAGCCGCCGUUCUCGGCGGUGUUGGCCGUUCUACUUCAUGUAUGCAGUGCCUACAAACUAAUGCCGGUCGCGUGCGCGGCUCGAAGCGUGCCGGCGGAGCUGGCGGCGGCCGCGAACAACACAUUUUGCCACAUUUUCAAAAUCUAGACCUGAGGGUCGAUACUGGCAGCGGCAGGCUGCCGAUAGCCGCCGUUCUCGGCGGUGUUGGCCGAUCUACUUCAUGUAUGCAGUGCCUACAAACUAAUGCCGGUCGCGUGCGCGGCUCGAAGCGUGCCGGCGGAGCUGGCGGCGGCCGCGAACAACACAUUUUGCCACAUUAUCUAGAUCUAGACCUGAGGGUCGAUACUGGCAGCGGCAGGCUGCCGAUAGCCGCCGUUCUCGGCGGUGUUGGCCGUUCAACUUCAUGUAUGCAGUGCCUACAAACUAAUGCCGGUCGCGUGCGCGGCUCGAAUCGUGCCGGCGGAGCUGGCGGCGGCCGCGAACAACACAUUUUGCCACAUUUUCAAAAUCUAGACCUGAGGGUCGAUACUGGCAGCGGCAGGCUGCCGAUAGCCGCCGUUCUCGGCGGUGUUGGCCGUUCAACUUCAUGUAUGCAGUGCCUACAAACUAAUGCCGGUCGCGUGCGCGGCUCGAAUCGUGCCGGCGGAGCUGGCGGCGGCCGCGAACAACACAUUUUGCCACAUUAUCUAGAUCUAGACCUGAGGGUCGAUACUGGCAGCGGCAGGCUGCCGAUAGCCGCCGUUCUCGGCGGUGUUGGCCGUUCUACUUCAUGUAUGCAGUGCCUACAAACUAAUGCCGGUCGCGUGCGCGGCUCGAAUCGUGCCGGCGGAGCUGGCGGCGGCCGCGAACAACACAUUUUGCCACAUUAUCUAGAUCUAGACCUGAGGGUCGAUACUGGCAGCGGCAGGCUGCCGAUAGCCGCCGUUCUCGGCGGUGUUGGCCGAUCUACUUCAUGUAUGCAGUGCCUACAAACUAAUGCCGGUCGCGUGCGCGGCUCGAAUCGUGCCGGCGGAGCUGGCGGCGGCCGCGAACAACACAUUUUGCCACAUUAUCUAGAUCUAGACCUGAGGGUCGAUACUGGCAGCGGCAGGCUGCCGAUAGCCACCGUUCUCGGCGGUGUUGGCCGUUCUACUUCAUGUAUGCAGUGCCUACAAACUAAUGCCGGUCGCGUGCGCGGCUCGAAGCGUGCCGGCGGAGCUGGCGGCGGCGGCGAACAACACAUUUUGCCACAUUAUCUAGAUCUAGACCUGAGGGUCGAUACUGGCAGCGGCAGGCUGCCGAUAGCCGCCGUUCUCGGCGGUGUUGGCCGUUCUACUUCAUGUAUGCAGUGCCUACAAACUAAUGCCGGUCGCGUGCGCGGCUCGAAUCGUGCCGGCGGAGCUGGCGGCGGCCGCGAACAACACAUUUUGCCACAUUAUCUAGAUCUAGACCUGAGGGUCGAUACUGGCAGCGGCAGGCUGCCGAUAGCCGCCGUUCUCGGCGGUGUUGGCCAUUCUACUUUACGUAUGCAGUGCCUACAAACUAAUGCCGGUCGCGUGCGCGGCUCGAAGCGUGCCGGCGGAGCUGGCGGUGGCCGCGAACAACACAUUUUGCCACAUUUUCAAAAUCUAGACCUGAGGGUCGAUACUGGCAGCGGCAGGCUGCCGAUAGCCGCCGUUCUCGGCGGUGUUGGCCAUUCUACUUUACGUAUGCAGUGCCUACAAACUAAUGCCGGUCGCGUGCGCGGCUCGAAGCGUGCCGGCGGAGCUGGCGGCGGCCGCGAACAACACAUUUUGCCACAUUAUCUAGAUCUAGACCUGAGGGUCGAUACUGGCAGCGGCAGGCUGCCGAUAGCCGCCGUUCUCGGCGGUGUUGGCCAUUCUACUUCAUGUAUGCAGUGCCUACAAACUAAUGCCGGUCGCAUCUAG